AUGGAGACUGUGGGAGACUUUGAAUACAGCAGAAAGGACCUGGUGGGACAUGGGGCUUUUGCUGUGGUGUUCAAAGGAAGGCACAGAAAGGUAAAUAUCUGGAACAUUAAAGGUCUGCAUCUCCAUCUUUCCCAUUGCAUUGCUUGCCCCCUCCCUCCCUCCUCCAUCCCUACCUCCCCUCUCCUCUUUUUUCUCUCUGAGGUUAUGUGAGAGUAGUGAUGUUUAUAUAAAUCUGUGUCAAUGGCAUUGCACUGCAGUAAAUAAACUGUCAUUUGGCAUAGUUUUGUUUAGUUUUCCUUCAACUAACUAGACAUUAUAAAUAUUAGUUACGAUAGUGAUGCAAAAAUUGCAAUUAAAUACAAGUCUAUACAUUUAUAGGCUUCACCUUAUUCAAAUAUAACAAUGUUAUUUACAUGUUUUUCAUGCAUGUGAUUGUGUUUCAUAAGCCUCGAUCAUGUGAUGAUGUUGUGCAAUCUUGCGUUAUGGUCUGGCCCUGGGGUGCAGAGAGAUGCGAGCCGUUCAUUCAUGAAACGGAUGACUCAAACAGCAGUGAAUAGCUUGCUGAUGUAGCCAGCCAGCCUAGACAAGGUGAAGAGAAAGGAGCAUGUCUUCUUGUUUUUCCUCCUCAAGAGGUCUUCUUUCUCCAUUUUCAGUCAUGAUAUGAGCAAUAGUCUACACAUCAAUGCAAUCCUGACUGCUUUUUUACAUUUUUAUAUCAACAAUGGAAUGAGAUGAUAGUCUAGUGAAGAUACAUUCAUCCUAUUAGCUUGAUUGGCCACACACUCACAGUGAUAACAAAACAUAUUGACUGACUGACAGGACUGUGGUAACUGUCCAUGAUGGGGAUGUGGACCAAACAGUGUUCUGUCGAUCAAGGCGCAGCUGAAGGAUGGUCAGAGAGGAGAGAAUGUUACAUAUGUCUGAGCCUGCUCCACAUCUAUCUCACUGUGUGAUGCAUCCAGGGAUGAUGUCACCAUGCUACCCUAUUGCCACAGUUGCUCGCGGGUCUGUGUAUCCACAUUCAUACCCCCCCACCACACCACAUUGCCAUCAAAACAUUGUAGUGUCUCCCCUCUUGACAGUGGAGAUACAUUUGUUUUACGUUUUAUAGUUAAUUUCGUGCAAUUCUACACAUUUUGCCAUAGGGUGGAGAGAAAUGUUUAAUAUUAUAUCUGAGUGAGACUGACAAAAUCAAUGGGGGCCCCCCAGCAGGUAAUUCUAUGAUAAUAACAAGUUUAGAUAGUUUUGCAGCCAGAUAAUCUAAAACAUUUUAGCUGAUAUGUGCUAAAUGACUGACUGUCAGUGACUUACAUAACAAGAGAAAAACUGCUAAUGCAAAACCAAAUUUAGAAAUUGCACCUUGUGUAUUCUAACUCGCAACAGUAAGUUGAGACCCCGAAUUAGUUGCUAAAUUGAAACUGGAAAUUGAUCAGAGGGCCUUCAUGCGGCCCAUGGGCUGCCAGUUGCCCAUCCCUGAUUUACACAAUGGGACCUCUUAUGCAUUUGCCUGUUGUCUGUUCUAUUCUGGAUUUUGACUUACACAGUCUAGUGCAUUUUAGAGUUGGAGAACACCCACUACAGAUGCAUGUGCUUGUAUGAGCAUUUUUAUUCAUUAUUGUCUCCCACUUUUGUCUCCCAAUGAUCUAUUCACCAAGUCCUGCAGUGUGAACUAGCCCUGCCGUCACUAUUUAGAGAUUGAGAGCACAUAUGCAUUUGCCUGUUGUCUUUUAUUUGUGGGUUAAGAGCGUUGGGCCAGUAACCGAAAAGUUGCUAGGUGAAAAAUCUGUCUGUGCCCUUGAGCAAGGCACUUAACCCUAGUUCCUCCUGUAAGUCACUCUGGAUAAGAGCGUCUGCUAAUUUACUCAAAUGUAAAUGUCUCUCUCUACAUCGGGCAGCUACGUUGGUGACCAGGGUGGGAUCUAGGGCUGGGCGGUAUACUGUAUUUUACGAUAUACCGUUAUUGAUGCAUGGACCGGUUUGGGAUUUUACUUGAAAUGCUAUAUUGGUAUUUGAAUGUUUGUUAAAAUGGGAUACGCCGUGUGUAACGUCCAUUUUUAUAGUUUACUAAGCUACUUGAGGCAUCUCUCUCUCCUACUUGAGGCAUCUCUCUCUCCUACUUGAGGCACCUCUCAAUUUCAAUUUCAAUUUAAGGGGCUUUAUUGGCAUGGGAAACGUAUGUUAACAUUGCCAAAGCAAGUGAAGUAGAUAGUAAACAAAAGUGAAAUAAACAAUAAAUAUUAACAGUAAACAUUACACUCAGAAGUUCCAAAAGAAUAAAGACAUUUCAAAUGUCAUAUUAUGUAUAUAUACAGUGUUGUAACAAUGUGCAAAUAGUUUAAAGUACAAAUGGGAAAAUAAAUAAACAUAAAUAUGGGUUGUAUUUACAAUGGUUGCAGCUGUGUUGGCACACUGUGGUUUUUCACCCAGUAGGUAAGGGAGUUUAUCAAAAUUGGGUUUGUUUUCAAAUUCUUUGUAGAUCGCUGUAAUCUGAGGGAAAUAUGUGUCUCUAAUAUGGUCAUACAUUUGGCAGGAGGUUAGGAAGUGCAGCUCAGUUUCCACCUCAUUUUGUGGGCAGUGUGCACAUAGCCUGUCUUCUCUUGAGAGCUUCUCUUUUUUUGUUUGUUCUUUCCAAUGUGUCAAGUAAUUCUCUUUUUGUUUUCUCAUGAUUUGGUUGGGUCUAGUUGUGUUGUUGUUGUUGUUGUUGUCCUGGGGCUGUGUGGGGUCUGUUUGUGUUUGUGAACAGAGCCCCAGGACAAGCUUACUUAGGGGACUCUUCUCCAAGUUCAUCUCUCUGUAGGUGAUGGCUUUGUUAUGGAAGGUUUGGGAAUCGCUUCCUUUUAAGUGGUUAUAGAAUUUAACGGCUCUUUUCUGGAUUUUGAUAAUUAGCGGGUAUUGGCCUAAUUCUGCUCUGCAUGCAUUAUUUGGUGUUUUACGUUGUACACGGAGGAUGUUUUUGCAGAAUUCUGCAUGCAGAGUCUCAAUUUGGUGUUUGUCCCAUUUUGUGAAUUCUUGGUUGGUGAGCGGACCCCAGACCUCAGAACCAUAAAGGGCAAUGGGUUCUAUAACUGAUUCAAGUAUUUUUAGCCAGAUCCUAAUUGGUAUGUCAAAUUUUAUGUUCCUUUUGAUGGCAUAGAAGGCCCUUCUUGCCUUGUCUCUCAGAUCGUUCACAGCUUUGUGGAAGUUACCUGUGGCGCUGAUGUUUAGGCCAAGGUAUGUAUAGUUUUUUGUGUGCUCUAGGGCAACGGUGUCUAGAUGGAAUUUGUAUUUGUGGUACUGGCAACUGGACCUUUUUUGGAACACCAUUAUUUUUGUCUUACUGAGAUUUACUGUCAGGGCCCAGGUCUGACAGAAUCUGUGCAGAAGAUGUAGGUGCUGCUGUAGGCCCUCCUUGGUUGGUGACAGAAGCACCAGAUCAUCAGCAAACAGAAGACAUUUGACUUCAGAUUCUAGUAGGGUGAGGCCGGGUGCUGCAGACUGUUCUAGUGCCCUCGCCAAUUCGUUGAUAUAUAUGUUGAAGAGGGUGGGGCUUAAACUGCAUCCCUGUCUCACCCCACGGCCCUGUGGAAAGAAAUGUGUGUGUUUUUUGCCAAUUUUAACCGCACACUUGUUGUUUCUGUACAUGGAUUUUAUAAUGUCGUAUGUUUUUCCCCCAACCCCACUUUCCAUCAAUUUGUAUAGCAGACCCUCAUGCCAAAUUGAGUCAAAAGCUUUUUUGAAAUCAACAAAGCAUGAGAAGACUUUGCCUUUGUUUUGGUUUGUUUGUUUGUCAAUUAGGGUGUGCAGGGUGAAUACGUGGUCUGUCGUACGGUAAUUUGGUAAAAAGCCAAUUUGACAUUUGCUCAGUACAUUGUUUUCACUGAGGAAAUGAACUAGUCUGCUGUUAAUGAUAAUGCAGAGGAUUUUCCCAAGGUUGCUGUUGACGCAUAUCCCACGGUAGUUAUUGGGGUCAAAUUUGUCUCCACUUUUGUGGAUUGGGGUGAUCAGUCCUUUGUUCCAAAUCUCGGUGCUGCUGAUCACACAGACCUAGCCUCGCCCCCUGUCACUCAAGGAGCGCAUUUGUUUUUCCUCCACCACGAGACACUUGCGUUCAGUCUGCAUGGUCAAUGCAACACAUGCAACAAUGCUGUUUUCACUUUACUUCUUAACAUAACAUUACAUUUACAUUUUAGUCAUUUACAUUUUAGCCACUAAGCUACCUGCCGCCCUAUAACUCCACUAGCGUUCCAUAAUUACACUAUUAGUUUGUGUUUCUUAUGGUACAUCUGCAAACAGCUAGUUGGGCCUAAAUCUUGUUAGCCGCUAAUGCUAAUCGUUAGUUAGCUGGCUAGCUAGCUAGCUAAUAAAUGUACUGAGUCAGCACAAACGUAAUUAGCUAUACAGCCUGAUAAUACCAGUGAUGGUGUAGACCUAAAUCAGCAUGUUGUUUGUUCAACAGUAUCUUAUAAAGCAAAGAGGAAUGCGCAAAGGAUGAAUAUGUUAGCUACAUUAAGUAGCUAAGAGAAAACAGUCAAUGUUGGCAAAGAUUACUUUGGUUCCCACCCUGUCACAAUAACUCCUCCCUGGCAUUUUCAUUAGUUGACAUGUCAAACAACACUGUAUUCAAAGUGCACACUAUUAUAUUCUAACUAUAGAAUUAGAAUAAUCAUUCUAUUCCCAUGAUUCCAACAGUUCACCCAAGUGUUUUGCUCUAAAUUGCAAAUUGCAACAUUUAGUUAAAAAUAAGGCAUAGAUUGUUUGCCCAUAUUCUGCAGCACUAUGUGGCAGUGUGGAAAUGCAGAAAUUGAUGAAAAUGCUGAAAAUUAUUUUGGGUUGAAUUGAACAGUAUAAAACAAUCAGAAUGGAGAAAGACUCAUUGAAAUCACUUAGAAUGUACAGUACCAGUCAAAAGUUUGGACACACUUACUAAUUCAAGGGUUGUUCUUUAUUUUUACUGUUUUCUACAUUGUAGAAUAAUAGUGAAGACAUCACAACUAUGAAAUAACACAUAUAGAAUCAUGUAGUAACCAAAAAAGUGUUAAACAAAUCAAAAUAUAUUUUAUAUUUGAGAUUCUUCAAAUAGCCACCAUUUGCCUUGAUGACAGCUUUGCACACUCUUGGCAUUCUGCGCGGCACCUUCAGCAUUCAAAUGCUAAAAUGGCUUGCGUGAUAUUAGGCUUUAUUAGUUGAGUGACAACCUAUGUCAUUUGCUAGGUUAUUGUUAUCAAUGCGCUAUUAUUUUACCGGAAUAAAAGUAGGCUACUGGAGACACAACUCUCAUCUGGCUAUACCUGCUGAACGGGGCUUAUACAAUAGAUUUUGUUUGGAUUGUUCAGGUUCACCAUCAGUAAUAGUUUUGCUUUAAACAAUCAGUGUAUAUGGUCAUUUUUAGAUAUAUAGGGUAAAGUUGAUAAUUUCAUAACUAGGAUACCAAUCACUUCUGCGAGGCGCACUGCAUGGCGGAAGCGAGAAGAGAAGAUCACGCCCUAAAAACAUCCAAACAGUCAAAACCAUUAGAUUUUGAGAUGGAGGUGAAAUCCAAAGUUGUGCUAUAUAUUCAUUGGCUAUGUCAUAGCUAAUUUGUGUAAACGAUAAAUAUUUAUACAUUACUAGCUCAAACACUUAAUCUGCAAAAAUGACAAGUUAAUUAGUGGGUGAUGGUGAUUUAGUCAGCUCAGACAGAUCCAGCUAAGCGAGGCCCAGCUCAUGAGCUCCAUCAGCAGAAUAUUUUAAUUUUAGAAUGGAAAAUUAAUGUUUAUGCAACAAAUGUUAGUGCAUCGCAUCGAUUCAUUCUCUAGUCAAACCAAAUCCCACCAAAUAAUUUCAAACUAAAAAGUAUCGUUCCUGUAUCGUAUCGGAGCCCAUGUGUCUAGAUACAUAUCGAAUCGUCUUGAAAGGGAAAGAUGCACAUCCCUAACAUGUUGCUGACACUUAAGGCUUCCACAUGCUUCGGUUUGGCUGGCACCUAGCCGCACUCGGCUAGUUGAACCGAAAAAGUGUGCUCACAUACUCCCUUAAAAGACCUUCGCUUGAAAGACGAGAAAAAAGCUGCAAUAGUCCAUCUUGAGGUGCCGUAGCCAGUAUGCACUUCCUCAAAAUAGUCAGAAUUAAUCUAAAAUAACUCAAGAAAUUGGUCAUUAAUUUAGAAGUUUUUGCCAAGGAGAUCUUAGUCGCGCAAUUUUACAUCUAACUAAUAUGUUGGGUGCAGUAUUUCUCAAGUGACAAAUAUUUUAGCAUUAAAACGAGUCGUCUAUCGUUGAAUGACAACAAACACUUCAUUGAAGAAUCCCUACUGUUGACCAAUGACCGAUGAAGGGGCAUAGACUUCGGCUACCGAAAUUCGUCUUGCCUCGAGAUUUUUUGUUGUUGUUACACAAACAGCCGAAAAAACCUGGAAUGGAAAGUGCUUACUUGGCCCUUCAGUCUCUCUGACUGUGAUUGUGUCAUCAUGGCAGGAGCCUUGUCAUUAACUUGAUUUGGUGCAAACAAUACCCACCCCCCUCUGCUCAGCAUUACACCAUAGGCCAAUGGGGUCAUUCUAUUGUAUGGGGUUUCUGUUUGCUGCCCCUCCUCGGUAUAUGUCACGGUUGGCUGGGGCAUGCUGUCACGUGCUGCCUCCCUGUGCCACUGCCAGUACAACCCUGCCUAGCGGAAUGAAAACAUCUCCUAUUAACCUAGAUUCAUUUGGAAAGCAGCAGCUCUUUUUAUUCAAGUCUUACAAUGCACCAUCCAUUCCACAUAGCCUAACAAUUUAGGCUAGAACCUUUUACGUUAGUUGGAGUUGUGGUCAUUAUUCAAGCUCAGUGUCUCUCCGUAGCUCAAGGGCAAAGAAAUCAAGCCUUUUCAGUCAUGUGAGCUUGAAUAGUGUAAUUUUUUUUGGCUACUCACUCACACUAAGGGUUCAUGUGGAUAAAGAAAGCCUGGAAACUAUCUCUCUGAACUUGAGUAGAAAAUAGGUCUCAUGUUUUAGUGGGAGUGGGCUACCUCACAUGAUAACUGUGUUCUAGUAUUCGUUUGACUGUUUUGUCAGUCAGUGUGUCAUUCAGUGUCACAGAGGCCUAUCUGAUUUGAAACCCAAGAAACCUGUGUUGGUUAUUGUCUAAGAUGUCCUCUCUUCCCCCGCAUCUCUCUCUCACAAACAAUGAUGCACACAAAGCAAUUAAAGGCCAGCUGUCCUGGGCUUUACACACACACACGCUUCCCUUGGCAUUAGUGUGAGUGAUGGGGGAACUGAACACGUCUAAAGGGAUUUUAACUAAUUGUUCCUUCUUUAUUUCUCUCCUUCCUCCGACUGCAGAAGACGGAUUGGGAGGUGGCUGUCAAGAGCAUUAACAAGAAGAACCUCUCCAAGUCCCAGAUCCUGCUUGGCAAGGAAAUCAAAAUCCUCAAAGUGAGUAGUAUGCUUAACCUAAUUGCUUCUCACUUACAGUGGGGAAAAAAGUAUUUAGUCAGCCACUAUUUGUGCAAGUUCUCCCACUUAAAAAGAUGAGAGAGGCCUGUAAUUUUCAUCAUAGGUACACGUCAACUAUGAAAGACAAAUUGAGAAAAAGAAAUCCAGAAAAUCACAUUGUAGGAUUUUUUAUGAAUUUAUUUGCAAAUUAUGGUGGAAAAUAAGUAUUUGGUCACCUACAAACAAGCAAGAUUUCUGGCUCUCACAGACUUGUAACUUCUUCUUUAAGAGGCUCCUCUGUCCUCCACUCGUUACCUGUAUUAAUGGCAUCUGUUUGAACUUGUUAUCAGUAUAAAAGACACCUGUCCACAACCUCAAACAGUCACACUCCAAACUCCACUAUGGCCAAGACCAAAGAGCUGACAAAGGACACCAGAAACAAAAUUGUAGACCUGCACCAGGCUGGGAAGACUGAAUCUGCAAUAGGUAAGCAGCUUGGUUUGAAGAAAUCAACUGUGGGAGCAAUUAUUAGGAAAUGGAAGACAUACAAGACCACUGAUAAUCUCCCUCGAUCUGGGGCUCCACGCAAGAUCUCACCCCGUAGGGUCAAAAUGAUCACAAGAACGGUGAGCAAAAAUCCCAGAACCACACGGGGGGACCUAGUGAAUGACCUGCAGAGAGCUGGGACCAAAGUAACAAAGCCUACCAUCAGUAACACACUACGCCGCCAGGGACUCAAAUCCUGCAGUGCAAGACGUGUCCGCCUGCUUAAGCCAGUACAUGUCCAGGGCUGUCUGAAGUUUGCUAGAGUGCAUUUGGAUGAUCCAGAAGAGGAUUGGGAGAAUGUCAUAUGGUCAGAUGAAACCAAAAUAGAACUUUUUGGUAAAAACUCAACUCGUCGUGUUUGGAUGACAAAGAAUGCUGAGUUGCAUCCAAAGAACACCAUACCUACUGUGAAGCAUGGGGGUGGAAACAUCAUGCUUUGGGGCUGUUUUUCUGCAAAGGGACCAGGACGACUGAUCCGUGUAAAGGAACGAAUGAAUGGGGCCAUGUAUCGUGAGAUUUUGAGUGAAAACCUCCUUCCAUCAGCAAGGGCAUUGAAGAUGAAACGUGGCUGGGUCUUUCAGCAUGACAAUGAUCCCAAACACACCGCCCGGGCAACGAAGGAGUGGCUUCGUAAGAAGCAUUUCAAGGUCCUGGAGUGGCCUAGCCAGUCUCCAGAUCUCAACCCCAUAGAAAAUCUUUGGAGGGAGUUGAAAGUCUGUGUUGCCCAGCGACAGCCCCAAAACAUCACUGCUCUAGAGGAGAUCUGCAUGGAGGAAUGGGCCAAAAUACCAGCAACAGUGUGUGAAAACCUUGUGAAGACUUACAGAAAACGUUUGACCUGUGUCAUUGCCAACAAAGGGUAUAUAACAAAGUAUUGAGAAACUUUUGUUAUUGACCAAAUACUUAUUUUCCACCAUAAUUUGCAAAUAAAUUCAUUAAAAAUCCUACAAUGUGAUUUUCUGGAUUUUUUUUUCUCAUUUUGUCUGUCAUAGUUGACGUGUACCUAUGAUGAAAAUUACAGGCCUCUCUCAUCUUUUUAAGUGGGAGAACUUGCACAAUUGGUGGCUGACUAAAUACUUUUUUCCCCCACUGUAUCUUGGAAACAUAUUUAAAGAAUGAUCGAUCCUCCAUAAGUCAGCAUGUUUGACUGAAAGGCGUUGACUUCCUUGUUAUAAAUGUAAAUAGAAGCCAGUCGUCACGUCAACAGGACAGUAGCUAAUGCAUCACUAAUGUACUUGUUUUCUUCAUUACUUUUCCCAGGAACUUCAGCAUGAGAACAUUGUGGCGCUUUAUGAUGUCCAGGUAAGUCCUUAAAUGGCUAGAAGCAAAUGAUUUGAGUCAUUAUAACUAGCAAAAUGGGACAGUGCAGGGGCAGGGCAAUAGAGCAGCAUACCAGCAGAACACUCCCAAUCACUAGCUGACCAGUGAGCCAGACAGACAGACACAUUAGAAUGGGUUGCCAAGCUCCUGAGUAUAACUUUUCUCUGUUUGUCCGGUCCAUGUGGAGUUGGCUGCAAAUGUCCAGAGCAGAAGUCUGUGUGUAAAGUCAGUGGACAUGAUGUGUAACCAUUAACUCACACAGACCACUGACUGGUGGGCCAAGGUUGUGACCACUGACUGACUGGUGGAGCUGUGGAGCUUCUCAGUCACAUGACACCACAUGACUGGCCAUGGUUACACCAGCAGCAUGCAUUGUACCGCCCAUCAUCUCCGCUGGUCGCCAAUCAGCACUCAACACCGACCGUCCUCAGUGAUGUAACAGGCCCGGGGGGCAGGGUCGUCCAAGGUGGGAGACAAAAUGGCCGCCACCAAAGGUCAGGCGUUAGUCUAGCUCACCAUGACCUUACUUCAUGGUGACUACUAGACCUGUAGCUUUGGUUCAGCAUGGAAAUCACUGAGCGCCUGAUAUAAAAGAACAGGAAAUGGCCUUUGAAACACCAGCUCAGCCCUCCUCAGUCCAUGAGCGUUUUGUGUGUGUGGGUUUCAUUGUUCACUCCAUGGUUAGCAGGUAGCACUAUGAGUCUCUCUGCGUUCUCUAGCUAUAAAAAGCCUUUCCGGUAGUGUUCCACCCAAUAGGGAGAGAUGGGAAAAGUGGUACAGAGAGAGCUAUUGAAGUGAUGAUCAAGCAGCGCUGCCCACACGGUGAGGCACUUCCUGUGUUUAUGUAAGCCUCCCACCGCGACCCUGCUGCUCUAUCCAUCCGGCCCUCCUCCCGUCAUCCCUCCGUCCGCGCCCCUGAUGUAAUCACCACUUAUAGAGUCAGACGUUUCCGUUAUGCUAAAGUCCCUUAUCAAUGCUGAACAGACUGGAUGAAUGGAAGUAGGUUAAACCCACUAUUACAGGCACUAGGUGCCGAUAUCUUUUCAUACCCCUUAUGAUUAAGAUUAGGAUUGGGGGUCAGGGAAUCUGAUUCUAGAUAUGUGGUUAGGGGGAGGGGCAACUUCUACCUGGAAGUGAAUAGGAAUGCCACAGAACACUCACCAUAACUGAAGACACUGAUUUGUUUUUUUGUGUAACGUGUCUUAGUCAGUCUCUCUCUCUCUCCUCUCCUCUCCCCCCAUUGUCAGGGCUGUACUCUCCCUGGGCCAUCUCUUGCCUCUGCAGCUGUCGCCUUUGGCACACAGGCAGUGGGGCUUAGAGAUGCCGUCUGAAAGGAAAGAGAGGAGAGACAGCGGCUUUGGCGUUUAGAGGGAGACGAAGAUAGUGUUGCAGUGUUAUUGAUGGGUGUUAGGCCUCCAAGCAUCCUCUCUUUCUAGGCUUUCUUUUCACUCUCUGUCUCUCUUUCUAUUGCACUCUCUCUCAUUUCUCUUCUUUGUUUCUUCCCACAGUCUUUGUUUCUUUAGUCCUCUCUCUCUCUCUCCCUCCCUCUCUCCUCCCCUCCCUCUCUCUCUCCCUCCCUCUCUCCUCCCCUCCCUCUCUCUCUCCCUCCCUCUCUCCUCCCCUCCCUCUCUCUCUCCCUCCCUCUCUCCUCCCCUCCCUCUCUCCUCCCCUCCCUCUCUCCUCCCCUCCCUCUCUCCUCCCCUCCCUCUCCAGUCACAGUCUUGGCCUUUCUGUCUGGUGUUAUGUUGUUGUUUAUUCCCCUGUCUGUGACCAUCUGAAUGUGCUGCCUGACCGUAAUGGAGAAGAGUGGGCGACCGCUGGCUUCUGGCCUUGUGGCUGCUAGGUUUCUCUCUCCCUAUCUUUCUCCUCUCUCUUUCCCUUCCUCCCUGUCUUUCACCUCUCUCUUUCCCUUCCUCCCUGUCUUUCUCCUCUCUCUUUCCCUUCCUCCCUGUCUUUCUCCUCUCUCUUUCCCUUCCUCCCUGUCUUUCUCCUCUCUCUUUCCCUUCCUCCCUGUCUUUCUCCUCUCUCUUUCCCUUCCUCCCUGUCUUUCUCCUCUCUCUUUCCCUUCCUCCCUGUCUUUCUCCUCUCUCUUUCUCUAUCCAUUCUGUCGACUCUCUCCCUCUCCCACUAUCUUUCUCUCUCUCUUAAUUUCAAUUCAAUUCAAGGGCUUUAUUGGCAUGGGAAACAUAUGGUAACAUUGCCAAAGCAAGUGAAGUAGAUAAUAAACAAAAGUGAAAUAAACAAUAAAAAUGAACAGUAAACAUUACACCCACAAAAGUUUCAAAAGAAUAAAGACAUUUCAAAUGUCAAAUUAUGUGCAAAUAGUUAAAGUACAAAAGGGAAAAUAAAUAAAUAUAAAUAUUGGUUGUAUUUACAAUGGUGUUUGUUCUUCACUGGUUGCCCUUUUCUUGUGGCAACUAAUCUCUCUCUCUCUCUCUCUCUCUCUCUCUCUCCUUUUUAUUUCUCUCCAUGUCUCUCUCUAGCCAUUCUCUCGCUCUCUCUCUCUCUCUCUGCUAGUGGGCCUCUGCCCAGCCUCUUCAGCUGUUCUGGCUUGCACCACGUGCUCUGUGUCACUUAGUUUACCCAGAGAGCUGUAAAUGACAGGGCUAGUGCAACAACCACCAGACAGAGUUACGGAAGUGUCCUGGGGGGGCAUUGGGGCACCCUCUCCCUCUGACUGAUGCUAUUGUCGGCUAGAGCUGGCUAGGUCACUGUUGUGAGACAAAUGCCUAAAACAGCUGCCACCCUAUCUUUCCAAUAGAAGAUGGCUUUUCCUGAUUGCUAUAAUUCUAAUAGUUCGGCUUAUUUCAGUUUAUGUGACAAAACAAGCACUGAGAAAGGCCAAUUAAGCAAGUGUGGUCUGUUUGCAGUCAACGGUCAUUAGCUGAGGGUAGGAGCACUGUCACUGGGUGUUUGUAGGAGUGUGAGGUGGUGCCUCGUUAGAGAACGCUGCUGGGGAACAUUGAUCUUUGAAAGGCCCGCUGCACGGUGAGAGCUCCUUUUAGAUCUCAAUGCGGGCAAAACAUACAGCCUAGCCUAUAGACACACACAUCACAGACGUUGUGAUAUCAAUCAUUCAUUUGUAGUAUACAGUGCACCCAAUGAUCAAAUCAAAUCAAAUCAAAUCAAAUUUUAUUGGUCACAUGCGCCGAAUACAACAGGUGCAGACAUUACAGUGAAAUGCUUACUUACAGCCCUUAACCAACAGUGCAUUUAUUUUAAACAAAAAAGUAAGAAUAAAACAACAACAAAAAAGUGUUGAGAAAAAAAGAGCAGAAGUAAAAAUAAAGUGACAGUAGGGAGGCUAUAUAUACAAUAGAAUAAAGUGACAGUAGGGAGGCUAUAUAUACAGGGGGGUACCGUUGCAUAGUCAAUGUGCGGGGGCACCGGCUAGUUGAGGUAGUUGAGGUAAUAUGUACAUGUGGGUAGAGUUAAAGUGACUAUGCAUAAAUACUUAACAGAGUAGCAGCAGCGUAAAAAGGAUGGGGUGGGGGGGCAGUGCAAAUAGUCCGGGUAGCCAUGAUUAGCUGUUCAGGAGUCUUAUGGCUUGGGGGUAGAAGCUGUUGAGAAGUCUUUUGGACCUAGACUUGGCACUCCGGUACCGCUUGCCGUGCGGUAGCAGAGAGAACAGUCUAUGACUAGGGUGACUGGAGUCUUUGACAAUUUUGAGGGCCUUCCUCUGACACCGCCUGGUAUAGAGGUCCUGGAUGGAAGGGAGCUUUGCCCCAGUGAUGUACUGGGCCGUACGCACUACCCUCUGUAGUGCCUUGCGGUCAGAGGCCAAGCAGUUGCCAUACCAGGCGGUGAUGCAACCAGUCAGGAUGCUCUCGAUGGUGCAGCUGUAGAAUUUUUUUUUGAUCUGAGGACCCAUGCCAAAUCUUUUUAGUCUCCUGAGGGGGAAUAGGCUUUGUCGUGCCCUCUUCACGACUGUCUUGGUGUGUUUGGACCAUGAUAGUUCGUUGGUGAUGUGGACACCAAGGAACUUGAAGCUCUCAACCUGUUCCACUACAGCCCCGUCGAUGAGAAUGGGGGCGUGCUCAGUCCUCUUUUUUUUCCUGUAGUCCACAAUCAUCUCCUUUGUCUUGGUCACGUUGAGGGAGAGGUUGUUGUCCUGGCACCACACGGCCAGAUCUCUGACCUCCUCCCUAUAGGCUGUCUCAUCGUUGUCGGUGAUCAGGCCUACCACUGUUGUGUCGUCGGCAAACUUAAUGAUGGUGUUGGAGUCGUGCCUGGCCAUGCAGUCAUGGGUGAACAGAGAGUACAGGAGGGGACUGAGCACGCACCCCUGAGGGGCCCCCGUGUUGAGGAUCAGUGUGGCAGAUGUGUUGUUACCUACCCUUACCACCUGGGGGCGGCCCGUCAGGAAGUCCAGGAUCCAGUUGCAGAGGGAGGUGUUUAGUCCCAGGAUCCUUAGCUUAGUGAUGAGCUUUGAGGGCACUAUGGUGUUGAAUGCUGAGCUGUAGUCAAUGAAUAGCAUUCUCACGUAGGUGUUCCUCUUGUCCAGGUGGGAAAGGGCAGUGUGGAGUGCGAUAGAGAUUGCAUCAUCUGUGGAUCUGUUGGGGCGGUAUGCAAAUUGGAGUGGGUCUAGGGUUUCUGGGAUUAUGCUGUUGAUGUGAGCCAUGACCAGUCUUUCAAAGCACUUCAUGGCUACAGACGUCAGUGCUACGGGUCGGUAGUCAUUUAGGCAGGUUAUCUUAGAGUUCUUGGGCACGGGGACUAUGGUGGUCUGCUUGAAACAUGUUGGUAUUACAGACUCAGUCAGGGACAUGUUGAAAAUGUCAGUGAAGACACUUGCCAGUUGGUCAGCACAUGCUCGGAGUACACGUCCUGGUAAUCCGUCUGGCCCUGCGGCCUUGUGAAUGUUGACCUGCUUAAAAGUCUUACUCACAUCGGCUACGGAGAGCGUGAUCACAUAGUCGUCCGGAACAGCUGGUGCUCUCAUGCAUGCUUCAGUGUUGCUUGCCUCGAAGCGAGCAUAGAAGUGGUUUAGCUCGUCUGGUAGGCUUGUGUCACUGGGCAGCUCGCGGCUGUGCUUCCCUUUGUAGUCUGUAAUAGUUUUCAAGCCCUGCCACAUCCGACGAGCGUCAGAGCCAGUGUAGUAUGAUUCAAUCUUAGACCUGUAUUGACUCUUUGCCUGUUUGAUGGUUCGUCGGAGGUCAUAGCGGGAUUUCUUAUAAGCGUCCGGGUUAGAGUCCCGUUCCUUGAAAGCGGCAGCUCUACCCUUUAGCUCAGUGCGGAUGUUUCCUGUAAUCCAUGGCUUCUGGUUGGGGUAUGUACGUACGGUCACUGUGGGGACGACAUCAUCGAUGCACUUAUUGAUGAAGCCAGUGACUGAUGUGGUGUACUCCUCAAUGCUGUCUGAAGAAUCCCGGAACAUGUUCCAGUCUGUGCUAGCAAAACAGUCCUGUAGCUUAGCAUCUGCGUCAUCUGACCACUUUUUUAUUAGCCGAAUCACUGGUGCUUCCUGCUUCAGUUUUUGCUUAUAAGCAGGAAUCAGGAGGAUAGAGUUAUGGUCAGAUUUGCCAAAUGGAGGGCGAGGGAGAGCUUUGUAUGCGUCUCUGUGUGUGGAGUAAAGGUGGUCUAGAGUUUUUUCCCCUCUGGUUGCACAUUUAACAUGCUGGUAGAAAUGAGGUAGAACGGAUUUAAGUUUCCCUGCAUUAAAGUCCCCUGCUACUAGGAGCGCUGCAUCUGGAUGAGCGUUUUCCUGUUGAUUAAUGGCCUUGUACAACUCAUUCAGUGCAAUCUUAAUGCCAGCAUUGGUUUGUGGUGGUAAAUAGACAGCUAUGAAAAAUAUAGAUGAAAACUCUCUUGGUAAAUAGUGUGGUCUACAGCUUAUCAUAAGAUACUCUACCUCAGGCGAGCAAAACCUUGAGACUUCCUUAGUAUUUGAUUUUGUGCACCAGCUGUUGUUUACAAAUAUACAGAGACCGCCACCCCUCGUCUUACCCGAGUCUGCCGUUCUGUCCUGCCGAUGUAGCGUAUAGCCUGCUAGCUGAAUGUUGUCAUUGUUGUCGUUCAGCCACGACUCCGUGAAACAUAAGAUAUUACAGUUUUUAAUGUCCCGUUGGUAGGAUAACCGUAAUCUUAAAUCGUCCAUUUUAUUCUCCAAAGCUUGAACGUUGGCUAAUAGGAUUGAUGGGAGAGGCAGUUUACUCGUUCGCCGUCGGAUCCUUACAAGGCACCCGGAUCUGCGUCCACGAUAUCUCCGUCUCUUCCUCACGCGAAUGACGGGGAUCUGGGCCUUGUCGGGAGUCUGUAGAAUAUCCUUCGCGAACGCCUCGUUGAAGAAAAAGUGUUCGUCCAACGCGAGGUGAGUAAUCGCUGUCCUGAUAUCCAGAAGCUCUCUUUGGUUAUAAGAGACGAUGGCAGAAACAUUAUGUACAAAAUAAAUUACAAAUAACGCGGAAAAACACACAUAAUAGUACAAUUGGUUAGAGGGCUGUAAAACGGCAGCCAUCUUCUUCCGGCGCUGUUUUAGUAUACACAGAGACCUCCACUCAUACACACACAGCAUGCACACUCAAAUUAAUUAAUCUGUCAUGGCUCAACACACACACAGCAAUCACUAGUACACACACACACAUUUAGGCACACACACUCACAACUCCUCAAUCAAUCACGCACACACACGCGCUCGCACACAAUCACACUGUGGCUUUUCCUGGUCUUCUGGCCUACACCAUCUGCUAAUACCACAGUGACAUAUUAGUGUGAAUGUGGUCUCUAACCAAGCACUGAGUAGUUUCACACACAUUCUUUGUGAACACGUGCGUGUGAGAUUUCUGACUGUUUCUACCUCCUUCUGCACGUAUUGCAAGUCACUCUGGAAACGAAACCAACGACUCAAUAUGCAGUGCAUUCGGAAAGUAUUCAGGCUCCUUGACUUUUUCCACAUUUUGUUAUGUUACUGCCUUAUUCUAAAAUUGAUGAAAUAAUUUUUUUUCCUCAUCAAUCUACAUGCAAUACUCCAUAAUGACAAAGCGAAAAGUUAUUUUGAAAUUUUAGCUAAUUUAUUAAAAAUUAAAAACAGAUACCUUAUUUACAUAAGUAUUCAGACCCUUUGUUAUGAGAUUGGAAAUUGAGCUCAGGUGCAUCCUGUUUCCAUUGAUCAUCCUUGAUGUUUCUACAACUUGAUUCGAGUCCACCUGUGGUAAAUUCAAUUGAUUGGACAUGAUUUGGAUAGGCACACACCUUUCUAUAUAAGGUCCCACAGUUGACAGUGCAUGUCAGAGCAAAAACCAAGCCAUGAGGUCAAAAUAAUUGUCUGUAGAGCUCCGAGACAGGAUUGUGUCGAGGCACAGAUCUGGGGAAGGGAACCAAAACAUUUCUGCAGCAUUGAAGGUCCCCAAGAACAUAGUGGUGUCCAUCAUUCUUAAAUGGAAGAAGUUUGGAACCACUAAGACUCUUCCUAGAGCUGGCCAACCUGAGCAAUGGGGCAGAAGGGCCUUGGUCAGGGAGGUGACCAAGAACCUGAUGGUCACUCUGACAGAGCUCCAGAGUUCCUCUGUGGAGAUGGAAGAACCUUACAGAAUGACAACCAUCUCUGCAUUGCUCCACCAAUUAGGCCUUUAUGGUAGAGUGGCCAGACGGAAGCCACUGCUCAGUAAAAGGCACAUGAGAGCCCGCUCGGAGUUUGCGAAAAGGCACCUAAAGGACUCUCAGACCAUGAGAAACAAGAUUCUCUGGUCUGAUGAAACCAAGAUUGAACUCUUUGGCUUGAAUGCCAAGCGUCACGUCUGGAGGAAACCUGGCACCAACCCUACGGUGAAGCAUGGUGGUGGCAGCAUCAUGCUGUGGGGAUGUUUUUCAGCGGCAGGGAUUGGUAGACUAGUCAGUAUCAAGGGAAAGAUCAACGGAGCAAAGUACAGAGAGGUCCUUGAUGAAAACGUGCUCCAGAGCGCUCAGGAACUGAGACUGGGGCGAAGGUUCACCAUCCAACAGGACAAUUUAAUCCAUUUUAGAAUAAGGCUGUAACGUCACAAUGUGGAAAAAGUCAAGGGGUCUGAAUAUCAAUCAAUCAAUCAAUCAAUCAAAUUGUAUUUAUAAAGCCCUUUUUACAUCAGCAGAUGUCACAAAGUGCUAUACAGAAACCCAGCCUAAAACCCCAAACAGCAAGCAAUGCAGAUGUAGAAGCACGGUGGCUAGGAAAAACCCCCUAGAAAGGCAGAAACCUAGGAAGAAACCUAGAGAGGAACCAGGCUCUGAGAGGUGGCCACUCCCCUUCUGGCUGUGCCGGGUGGAGAUUGUAACACUACAUGUUCAUGAAGGCCAGAUUUUUCAGAAUACUUGCCGAACGUACUGUAACUGUAAUUAAUUUGAGUGUUUUUUCAUAAAGGAGUCAUGUUUAUUAAGCCAGUAUGGGUGUAGGAGUAGGGCUGGAUGACGGGAAGGUUACAGGGCUUACAGUGAGGGGAAAAAAGUAUUUGAUCCCCUGCUGAGUUUGUACGUUUGCCCACUGACAAAGAAAUGAUCCGUCUAUAAUUUUAAUGGUAGGUUUAUUUGAACAGUGAGACAGAAUAACAACAAAAAAAUCCAGAAAAACGCAUGUAAAAAAUGUUAUAAAAUGAUUCGAAUUUUAAUGAGGGAAAUAAGUAUUUGACCCCCUCUCAAUCAGAAAGAUUUCUGGCUCCCAGGUGUCUUUUAUACAGGUAACGAGCUGAGAUUAGGAGCACACUCUUAAAGGGAGUGCUCCUAAUCUCAGUUUGUUACCUGUAUAAAAGACAUCUGUCCACAGAAGCAAUCAAUCAAUCAGAUUCCAAACUCUCCACCAUGGCCAAGACCAAAGAGCUCUCCAAGGAUGUCAGGGACAAGAUUGUAGACCAACACAAGGCUGGAAUGGGCUACAAGACCAUCGCCAAGCAGCUUGGUGAGAAGGUGACAUCAGUUGGUGCGAUUAUUCGCAAAUGGAAGAAACACAAAAUAACUGUCAAUCUCCCUCGGCCUGGGGCUCCAUGCAAGAUCUCACCUCGUGGAGUUGCAAUGAUCAUGAGAACGGUGAGAAAUCAGCCCAGAACUACAUGGGAGGAUCUUGUCAAUGAUCUCAAGGCAGCUGGGACCAUAGUCACCAAGAAAUCAAUUGGUAACACACUACGCAGUGAAGGACUGAAAUCCUGCAGCGCCCGCAAGGUCCCCCUGCUCAAGAAAUCACAUAUACAGGGCCGUCUGAAGUUUGCCAAUGAACAUCUGAAUGAUUCAGAGGAGAACUGGGUGAAAGUGUUGUGGUCAGAUGAGACCAAAAUCGAGGUCUUUGGCAUCAACUCAACUCGCCGUGUUUGGAGGAGGAGGAAUGCUGCCUAUGACCCCAAGAACACCAUCCCCACCGUCAAACAUGGAGGUGGAAACAUUAUGCUUUGGGGGUGUUUUUUUGCUAAGGGGACAGGACAACUUCACCGCAUCAAAGGGACGAUGGACGGGGCCAUGUACCGUCAAAUCUUGGGUGAGAAACUCCUUCUCUCAGCCAGGGCAUUGAAAAUGGGUCGUGGAUGGGUAUUCCAGCAUGACAAUGACCCAAAACACACGGCCAAGGCAACAAAGGAGUGGCUCAAGAAGAAGCACAUUAAGGUCCUGGAGUGGCCUAGCCAGUCUCCAGACCUUAAUCCCAUAGAAAAUAUGUGGAGGGAGCUGAAGGUUCGAGUUGCCAAACGUCAACCUCGAAACCUUAAUGACUUGGAGAAGAUCUGCAAAGAGGAGUGGAACAAAAUCCCUCCUGAGAUGUGUGCAAACCUGGUGAACAACUACAAGAAACGUCUGUCCUCUGUGAUUGCCAACAAGGGUUUUGCCACCAAGUACAAAGUAAUGUUUUGCAGAGGGGUCAAAUACUUAUUUCCCUCAUUAAAAUGCAAAUCAAUUUAUAACAUUUUUGACAUGCGUUUUUCUGGAUUUUUUUGUUGUUAUUCUGUCUCUCACUGUUGAAAUAAACCUACCAUUAAAAUGAUAGACUGAUCAUGUCUUUGUCAGUGGGCAAACUUACAAAAUCAGCAGUGGAUCAAAUACUUUUUUCCCUCACUGUAGUCAGAUUCUAAGGUAUUCUGCUCAUUAGGCUUAUAGCAUAAUAACAGGCCUGCGCAACACAAGCUAGGCGCUAGGCUACGUCUGUCCCUGCACUUCUUUAUGGAGCUGUUAUCAUUAAGUGGGAGAGGGAGGCAGCAGUGCGAUGCAGAGAACAGUAAUCACAGGGUAGAGUGUUUCUCUCUCUCUCUCUCUCUCUCUCUGCAGGCUGACACAGCCCACGCUGUACUGUACAGCAUAGCUCGGUACAUCCCCGCUAUUUCAUUAAAGGUUCACUGCAGAGAUUGAGAGAGGGAGUGUGAGAGUGUGUAAGGGGUACACCAGAAUUCCAUAAGGCAUUUUAAUGGAUUCGAGACAGAUAGUAUUUGUCCAUCUUGAAUUGGCAUCUAUGACACUAGCCUGGUACACAGCCCACACUGAUUCACCAGAUGUGAAAUAGGAGAGGGAGAGGUUGACAGAUAAGAGCCACAAGUAAAAUAGAUAGAAGAGAGUGAGAUGGAGGGAGGGAGGAAAGGAGGUAGGAUGCGGGUUUGUUUAUGAAGUUGAAGAGUCAUUUGUCUGUGAGGCAGUCCCUGGUGGAAGCUUUCAAAACAAAACCUGAACUUUGUCUGAACUCUGGUAGAACACUGUGUCCUAGCAUCAGAGAGGGUGUGUGUGUGCGUGCACAUGUGUGUGUUGAAAGAAGGGGAGGUAAAGAGAGGUAAAGGGGGUGGGGAGGGGGACUGACUUGAUAAAAGAAGGGGUGGGCUCUUGGCAGUAGAACUUGUUCUUGGCGCACAUGGGAGAUUUCAGGAAUUGUAUCAAAUACACUGCAUUCGGAAAGUAUUCAGACCCCUUGACUUUUUCCACAUUUUGUUACGUUACAGGCUUAUCCUAAAAUUGAUUAAAUAAAACAUUUUCCUCAUCAACCUAAACACAAUACCCCACAAUGACAAAGCAAAAACAGGUUUUUAGAAAUUUUGCACAUUUAUUUAAAGUAAAAAACAGAAAUACCUUAUUUACAUAAGUUUUCAGACCCUUUGCUAAUAGUUUCGAAAUUGAGCUCAGGUGCAUCCUGUUUCCAUUGAUCAUCCUUGGGAUGCUUCUACAACUUGAUUGAUCCACCUGUGGUAAAUUCAAUUGAUUGGACAUGAUUUGGAAAGACAUGCACUGUCCCACAGUUGACAGUGCAUGUCAGAGCAAAAACCAAGCCAUGAGGUCGAAGGAAUUGUCCGUAGAGCUCCGAGACAGGAUUAUGUCGAGGCACAGAUCUGGGGAAGGGUACCAAACAAUUUCUGCAGCAUUGAAGGUCCCCAAGAACACAGUGGCCUCCAUCAUUCUUAAAUGGAAGAAGUUUGGAACCACCAAGACACUUCCUAGAGUUGGCCCAAACUGAGCAAUCGCGGGAGAAGGGCCUUGGUCAGGGAGGUGGCCAAGAACCUAAUGGUCACUCUGACAGAGCUCCAGAGUUCCUCUGUGGAGAUGGGAGAACCUUUCAGAAGGACAACCCUCUCUGCAGCACUGAAGACUAGCCAGGAUCGAGGGAAAGAUUAACGGAGCAAAGUACAGAGAGAUCCUUGAUGAAAACCUGCUCCAGAGCGCUCAGGACCUCAGACUGGGGCGAAGGUUCAACUUCCAACAGGACAACGACCCUAAGCACACAGCCAAGACAACGCAGGAGUGGCUUCGGGACAAGUCUUUGAAUGUCCCUGAGUGGCCCAGCCAGAGCCCAGACUUAAACCCGAUCAAACAUCUCUGGAGAGACCUGAAAAUAGCUGUUCAGCGACGCUUCCCGUACAACCUGAAAGAUUAUCUGCAGAUAAGAAUGGGAGAAAUUCCCCAAAUACAGGUGUGCCAAGCUUGUAGCGUCAUACCCAAUAAGACUCAAGGCUGUAAUCACUGCCAAAGGUGCUUCAACAAAGUAUUUAUGUAAAUAUGAUAUUUCCGGGGGGGUUUCUAAAAAAAAUUGUUUUGCUUUGUCAUUAUGGGGUAUUGUGUAUAGAUUGAGGGGAAAAAAUAAUUUAAACAAUUUUAAAAUAAGGCUUUAACGUAACAAAAUGUGAAAUAAGUAAAGCGGUCUGAAUUCUUUCCAAAUGCACUGUGCAUCAAACACAUGGUGUGUUUGAUGCCAUUCCAUUUGCUCUGUUCCAGCCAUUAUUAUGAGCCGUCCUCCCUUCAGCAGCCUCGACUGAGUUAGAAACUCCCACCCAGCACACUCAAAUCUUCCACACACACACACAUACUGCUUUCACGUAGGAAUAACGGUAGUUGCCUGUAAAAAAAAAAGUGCCGAAGUUGGUGGUUAUUGGUGGGCAUUGGAACACGCUGUCAUACACAUCGAUCCAGAGCAACCCAAACAUGCUCAAUGGGUGAUAUGUCUGGUGAGUAUGCAGGCCAUGGAAGGACUGGGACAUUUUCAUCUUCUAGGAAUUGUGUACAUAUCCUUGCGACAUGGGGCCGUGCAUUAUCAUGCUGAAACAUGAGGUGAUGGCAGCGGAUGAAUGGCACGACAAUGGGCCUCAGGAUCUCGUGACGGUAUCUCUGUGCAUUCAAAUUGCCAUUGAUGAAAUUGUGUUUGUUGUCUGUAGGUUAUGCUUGCCCAUACCAUAACCCCACCGUCGUCAUGAAGCACUCUGUUUACAACGUUGACAUCAGCAAACUGCUCUCCCACAUGGCGCCAUACACAUGGCCUGCGGUUGUGAGGCCGGUUGGACGUACCGCCAAAUUCUCUAAAACGACUUUGGAGGCGGCUUAUGGCAGACAAAUUAACAUUCAAUUCUCUGGCAACAGCUCUGGUGGACAUUCCUGCAGUCAGCAUGCUAAUGCACACUCCCUCAAAACUUGAGACAUCUGUGGCAUUGUGUUGUGUGACAAAACUGCACAUGUUAGAGUGGCCUUUUAUUGUCCCCAGCACAAGGUAUACCUGUGUAAUGAUCAUGCUGUUUAAUCAACUUCUUGAUAUGCCACACCUGUCAGGUGGAUGGAUUAUCUUGGCAAAGGAGAAAUGCUCACUAACAGGAAUGUUUUACCACCUCCAUUUACAGUAUUUGCCCAGACAGAAACCAAUUGACCAAAUAGCCUAUACAGAUGGAGCUUCAGUAAAACAAAAUCAGAUUGAUUGAUUGAUUAUCAGACAAGUCAGUGAAGUCACAGGCUUUUGGUUGGGAGUAGGCCUAGGCUGCUAAGCGACUGCGAGUGAAGAGCAAAAUAAUCCACUUGUUAAACUACAUAACAUGGCAAAAUGUUCUAAUAAAUGAGCCAACUAGUCAUGAGCAGUACUCACCUCAACGUAGGUAACAUUUCCCCAGCCUAAUUGUAGCCUAACCAAUAUCCAAACGAAGAUUCAGUGAAAACAAAAAUCUGACAGAUUGAUUUAUCAAGAUGAGCCCCCACGCUUGCAAGAGUGGCGCAGUGGUUUGAAUCCAGGCUCUGUCGUAGCUGGCCGCGACCGGGAGACCCAUGGGGAGGCGCACAAUUGGCCCAGCGUCGUCCAGGGUAGGGGAGGGAAUGGCCGGCAGGGAUGUAGCUCAGUUGGUAGAGCAUGGCGUUUGCAACGCCAGGUUUGUGGGUUCGAUUCCCACGGGGGGCCAGUAUGAAAAAAAAAAAAUGUAUGCACGUAUGAGCGUCUGCUAAAUGACAAAAAUGUAAAAAAAUGUAAGGGCAUAGAGUUUAAGAGCGUAGUGUGUGCCAAGGCCACCUCAGCAUUAUGGCUAUGUUUCAUACUAAGCCAUAGGCAGAACUUUAUCGAAAUAAUUGUUAUUUAUUUUAUUUUACCGGGUAAGUUGACUGAGAACACAUUCUCAUUUACAGCAACUAGGUCGUUUGGUGUAAAUAAAAGGUUAGGUUUUGAUACCGGCAAUACCUUUCAUAUAUAAAGAAAAGGCGGAAAAUAGUUGACGGUAUGGUAAAGUAUAAUACUGUAGCUCUUAGAAAAGCUGGGGGUAGUUUGUGUGCUUUGUUCGUCCUGAGGGAGGGAAAAUUAUUAGCUUUGUGUCUUAUUUGACACACACACACAUGCAUAUUUGGUUAUAGGAUUUUAACUUCCCAUAUGUACCAAGCAAGGAGAAAGUGUUAUGCUAGAGGCAUCUAAUUUCAAGAUGCUUUUCUGACAACAACAACAGUCUGAGUCAAUAUUGUCCUGACAUUCUUUACUGUACAGUACUGCCUCUGUCUUGUCUUGGCCUAAGGCGAGGGAAGAGGAGCAGGAUACCUCUUGUUAGUUGGCCUAAUUUCUGGACACUCGUGACCUAAACAGUGAUCUCAUAGAGGGACAGUGCAAGGUUGUCUCCGAUGUGAUGCCUUUGCAGGACACAAGUAUCCCAUAGAUACUUGUGUCUCAGAAUUCUCAGGACUACUCUGAAUUUGAGUAACAGAUGUGUGCCGGGUGGAUUUCCAGUCCACAUAUGGAACCCUAUUCUCUAAUGUCCUCAGCCAUUUUAAACUGAGCCCAGCCGGCCCCCUCCCCUCCCCUCCCCUCUCCCACUGUUACCUUCCCCCCUUCGUUCUUAUGUAGCCCAGGACUCAUGGAGUCAACUGUGUGACGCAACAAGCAGGACAGGCACACUGACAAUAUGUUGUUGUUUUGGCCCAGCUCUAGAGUUGUGUUGGCAUUCUGAACAUUUCUGUGAGGUGGAGGGCUGAAGCGGUGGAAAAUGGUUGGGGGAUGUUUUGAGUUUCCCUCCUCAAGACAACAUUUCUUCGAGCUGAUGUAGUACUGUUCCUUCUAGUGUUUUCUAGAAGAGCAUCGAUCAAAGCUCUUUUUUGGCAUAACUCUGACUAGAUCGCCUCAUGACUCAGUGGUUUUCCAUCAAACAAGUGGAUGGGAAUAGAAGGAUUGUGAAUAUGACUGCCUGUGUUUGUGAGGGGCUGCUGAUGUUGGAUAACAGGAAGCAGAAUUGUUUUUAGUUGUUUUGGUGUAUUCCUUUGAGGAAGGAGGGUUAUGUAGAAUAACCCUGUUGGCAGUUGGUCUUGUGUGUCUGUGUCCAAGGUCCAUCAAUUCUUUAACAGAUAGUGUUUUGUGUGACAGUACAUUCUGACUCAUUGGGUGUCUCCUCUCUUGUGGUAAACGUGUUGAUAAUAACAACAGCUGUAACCAACCACUGCCUUAGAAAAUACUGGACCAUGGAAGAGGUUUUGGACUCUAUUGUAGGAUUGCUUUUAUGGUGGCAUAGACAGUUCAUUGUCAACCUACUGAGGGCUGGAGGAUGAACAGGGUUAGGCUGUCCUGUAUUUGUACCUCUCACGUAUCAGUUACCUUCCCCCUCCAGGACAGUGCCCAGCCUGACCAACUCCCUUCUUUCCUCUCAUCCUAUUCUUCCUCUCCCAGUCCCCAUCUCCCCCAUCAACCAGUAUAGAGCAGGGGCUGAAAACAGCUCGUUAUGUAAUCUUCCCCAGGCCUAGACCAGCCACCACACACACACACACACCAGAGCGGAUAAUGAUGGUGGUGGGGCCUCCCUACGUCUCCCCUCCCCCAUUGCCACAACCCAACAGCAGCAUCCUAGAAUCCCAUUAUCCUAUUAUCCACAGCCACGAGCCAAUGGGAUUGGCCAGGGAGGAGGGGGCCCAGCCAAUAAGCCUGGUGCAGGCUGACAGGUCAGCUGAUAGGAAUGAGCUGAAGUGGAAUUAAUGGGUGGCUGGUUUGCGGAGCGAGGCAGUGGUGGUUGCUCUCCAUCUGGAGACCUUGGCUGAGAGACCAUUAGAACCAGAGAGUAAUGCAGUCCAGUAACUGACUAGUAUGGCUGUUGGUGGUCAAGGAAUUGAUUUUCUGAGACACAUUGAUUUGUUAGUACGGUACACAGAAAAUAAUGCAAUAAAAUGUAUUUGAACUCAUACGCUCCUUAGAAAGGAAAGAAGCCUUCAUACCUAGAAUCAAUUAUGGAAAUGGGUUUUGCCUGGCCAUGUCACAUGGUCACAAGAAACACUUCUGGAUCUAAUCAUAGAUAGCCUACUUAGAAUGGCGCUGAAGGGAUUGGAAAAUGUGUGACGACAGUUGUGUUCUUUAUGGUUGUUGUUGUUGAUGAGAACUUGAUGCGCACGCCAAGAUGCUUGAUCUGCCAUAUGCUGCAGUACCCUCAACCUGACACCACACACACACACACACACACACACACACACACACACACACACACACACAUGGGCAAACACACACCCAAACACUCCCCCUAAUACAUGUGAGCUUGCUUGCUUAACCUGGAGGCCUGCUUGUGUUACUUGGCUUCUGUCCAGCAUCUUCUUAGCUCCUGCAUCACCAUGUUGACAAGGUGGCUCCUAUAUCUGUCACAUUUCCCAGUUCCCUUGAACACAAUACCCCGAACACACACACACCCCAACAACCUCCGCUUGGCCCUGUUGUGUAAUGAACUCUAUUCCUCUCCCCUCAGAAAUGUAGACGGUAGCACGACACAGCUUGGAGGUGAGGGGUUCACUAAGGAUGGCACGUUUUCUUGAUCUUAACCCCAUGUCAGUCGCACAGUGUGAGAUGGAGGAUGAGGGUGUCAAUGUGGUUGUAGAUUGGAGUCAGCUAUUGUACUGUACGGACCCAAUCCAGAUCAGUUAUGCCAUGGGCUUCAGUUCACGCUGAGUGGCAAGGGAAUCUUAUUCUCCGAACUGUACACAUAAGUCGCUCUGGAUAAGAGCGUCUGCUAAAUGACGUAAAUGUAAAUGUAAUGAUCCAUCUAUACAGCAUAUGUAGGCUAUAUCUGUCUGCGCCAUACAUACAUGUCAGUCUGUUUGACGAAGCUGUUCCUCUAUGUAGUGGAUGUGACUGGUGUUGAGAGAGAUGAUCACUCUAACCCAUGUUAUUUCUCUUCUCUCUUCCAGGAAACUCCCAACUCUGUGUUCCUGGUCAUGGAGGUAGGUGGAGUGUCACACUGUCAGCAUGCAACCUCUUCGACCGAGCUGCCUGUAGGCUGCCAGGGUCUCUGUCUUUGUGUUGAUACCUCUUCCCCCCCCCCCCCAUGCUCGCUCUCUCUCCACGUUCCCAUGGUUAUUUCCUCAGUUCUAUGAGAAGCUGCAAACCCGGCGGCGGAGAGGAGGCGGAGGGGCGAGGCAGGCGGAGGCGGAGCGGAGGAGGCGGGGAGGCGGGAGGCGGGGAGGGGGAGGAGGCGGAGGCGGAGGAGAGGAGGGAGGCGGAGGAGGAGGCGGAGAGGGAGGAGGAGGAGAGAGAGGCGGAGGAGGAGGAGGCGGAGGGAGGAGGAGGAGGAGGAGGAGAGGAGGCGGAGGAGGAGGAGGAGGAGGAGGACGGCGGAGAGGGGAGGAGGAGAGGAGAUGAGGCUUCUUGGAGGAGGGGAGGAGGAGUAGGGGAGGAGGAGCGGUGCGCGAGUUCUUGAGGAGGAGGAGGAUUCUUCUUCGUCUUCUUCUUAUUGCUUACUUCACUUCUUCUUUUCUUCGUAUUCUUUCGUUUAUUCUUCUAUUCGGCUUCUUCUUCUUCUUCUUCUUUCGUCUUCUUCUUCUUCUUCCCCCCUCUCAUUGCUCAAGACCCCAAAAUUCCACAAACUGGCUGAAGAAAAUAAAAACUAUAUGCCACCUUAAGUAGCCCUCUAAAAAUAUACCUAUACACCCACACCCCUAUUUCGAGGAAUCCUGUUAUCCAAGAGCAAAACUUUGUUUGUUUGCCUUAUAUUUAGCCCUGCAAUACUUAUUCUGCCCCUUCUCAUAUUCUAGCUGUUGUUAAGCUAACUGGCUGUGAAAAGUGUCAUGGGACCCUGGUACCUGUUACCUUGGCCUGCCUAGGGGGUGUUCUAGCUUGUUGUUGUAGACAGGGCUGUUGUUCUGAGAGCCACACUGACACUAAGGAGACAGGGUCUGCUGUCACAGGAGGAGAAACAGACAUAAAUCUGGCUUUGGUCUUCUAGCUAGCAGGCUGCUUAAUCAAUGCUAUACCACUACCAGAGAGAUGGGCAUAGAUAGCAUCGACAGUAGGCUAGCAUGGAUGCUAAUCCGGCUGGUGUUUGCCAGACUCUGCUUGUUUUGCUUAGUAAGAAAGUAUUGUCUUACUCAAAGGUUAGAGGAAGGAUCAGAUGAAUUAUUACUUAUUAAGCAGUCAGCGCUCAGGGCUCACGCUCCAGCAUUUUGGCACUGGUUGGAAAACAUUGAAAAGGACACUGUUUUAGGGGAAACAAUGCCCUUUCAGCUGCCACAUUGACUUUCUGUAUGAAGCAAAGCAGUCUCUUUAUUUGAGCGAACAUUAUUAAUGUGCAGUAUGUUAUUUUAAAAUUGUUGUCCUCACACGGAAAUGAAUAAGAUAGAUUCACUAGAAUCGAAUUAUGGCCCCUAAACAAAUCAUGGCAGCCCAUAACCUUACAGCAAUCAAUGUGGGCACCCCCAUAACAGUGAAAUAUGUUAACGUUACACUAGCACUGUGUGGUUAUGGCAGACCCCUAAGAAUGUGUUAUUGAAACCCUUGCUCAAUGCCUCUGGCCUUAAAGAGCAGAGGGUCUUUGCUUUGAUCAGAGGAAGCUCUGGUAACCAACAGGACUUAAUUGGUGGUUCAACUGACAGAACUGGAAAAUGAUGGACAGACAGGGGGUAGAUGCUAGCAUAAAUUAGCCUACUACUUAGCGCCCCUCUUUCUCCUCCACUUUCUCUCCCCUGCUCCCUCGCACCUUUUCUUGAACUCCCUCCCGAACUCUCCCUCUCGAACUCUCUCUCCCUAACUCUCUCUCACUAACUCUCUCUGUCUUUCAUGUACUACUCUCCCACACACUCUCUCCUUCCCUCGCUCUGUGUUGACUAAUGCCAGGAUUAACAGAGACUGUCAGUACUGAUAACAACAGUCAUUCAUCAGAUUAAUUGAUGAUACCAUCAUUAUCUGGGCUUUGUGGUCACACACAACACACACAUGUACACACACACACACACACACACACACACACACACACACACACACAUAUAUACACACACACACACACACAGCUUGAUACUGUUAAUCCGUGUUGUUCUUACACAGCCUGCUAAUAGAAUGGUUUUGUUUGUUUUGUUCCUCCCCACAGUACUGCAAUGGUGGCGAUCUGGCUGACUAUCUGCAAGGUAAGCAUCACACUAAUCUCAACACACACACUGGGUAUUAUUCAUCAAAACAAAGUAACUAGCAGUGGAGAGCACUGUGGGUACUUUUGUGUGCAUCUCUGUCUGCCUUUUGUGUGUGGUGUGUGUUCCCAAUGCAAGGGAGUGCUGUGUGUAGGAGCCGUCACAGUGAUAUGACACAAUGGGUUCCUUAUUUAGCACCGAGGUCAGCACAGCUCUGACGCCAGUCUAGAAAUCUGCCAUCUCAAAGGUCACUCAUCUCUCAUAAUGCUUCCCAAGAAAGCACCAACCACUGAAUGUCUUAAUACGAUGCUGCUUGUGGAGGUCUACAUGGUAUAUAAUUGACUUUAUGGAUAUAGCAGUUUACAGCAGUGAAUUGCAUAACACACACACCUGUCUCCCUGUUGAUAUGGAUCAUAUUUCCAUAUGUAUAUCAAUGUCAACAGCAGGUAGUUAUGUGUUAAUCCCAGCAGAGCUACAGUUGAGUAACAGAGAAAGAGAGAGGUCAUCAUGAAAUGGACACCAUAACAAGAGGUCAAUGGGGAGUCUUAAGAGGCACUGAGGAACAGAAUGUCCCGGUGCACCAGGUUUAGUGUAGAUACUGGUGUACAGAGGAAAGUCCUCAUGUUGUGUUCUGAUUCACUUGUUAUCAGGGGAACUGUUGUUGUACAGGCGCACGCUUUCACGUUACCUCAGAGCAUGGUACAGUGUCUGUACCUCUCUCUUCUAGCACACACGCACAGUCGCACUCUCCCCCUUUCUGUCGCUCUCUCUCUCUGUCGUUCUCGCCCUCUUUCUCUCUCUCUCUUUUAGCUCUUUCUCUCUCCCUUAUAAACCCUGGUAUAAUGGCACCACACAACCAUGUUAUGUUAUUUCACUAAUUGCACAACUUUGCUGCGUUAGAAGAAAUUGCCACUGUUGUACUUUAGAGAGAGUGUUGUUAAAUCCCUGAUUAAUGUGUGUAAGCACGGUUAGAUUGAAAUAAGAUCCAUUGUGACCAUAAUGGUUUGGUUUACCCAGGAAUCCUCUUAGCUAGCAGCACACUGGAUUAGCUAAUGUUGUUGUUGUUUCACUACAAUCAGUACAGGCAGGGACCAGGCACACUCCACUGGCCAACCUCUUAUGCUAGCUAACAUUCACUGUUAAUACUUUUAUUACUUAGGCUGCUAAUAUUCAAACAAUUACUAUCCCUAAUCGGUUGUGCUUGCAUAAAAGAUGUAGACUACUUGCAGAAUAAGCAUUUUGUGCAGGCUGUUUUCCCUUGGAUUCAGGGUGUAGUUGUGGUGACAGAGCUCUCCCAAUGCAUCUUGAUGUAGAAGUGUUAAUGCAUUUCUCUCAUUGAUAUCGGUGCAUCUCAAUCACUUAAAUGUAAACUGAGGCAAUCAGUCAUUAAUGCAAAGCAUCAGGGAGAUGGGUAUUGAGUGUGUGUAACUGCUGGCAAAUGUUUUGUAUGAGUCCCAUGUGGCUCAGUUGGUUGAGCAUGGCGCUUGCAACAUCAGAGUUGUGGGCUUCGUUUUCCACGAAGGAAAAGUAUGAAAAUGUAUGCACUCGCUCUGGAUAUGAGCAUCUGCUAAAUUACUCAAAUGUAAAUCUAAAAAUGUAAAUACAUGUUAAUGAUCAGUGUGGGUUAAACGUUAGUGUUAUAAAAAGUUGUCUCUGUGGCCUCUAGACUAGUGCAUAGUGGGUGGGUAAUGUCCUUUAUAGAGAUUUCAGUGCAGUAUGGGUAAUGUAGUUUUGUAUAGAUAAAAUAUGCUAAUAGCCAGUGUUGGUGUUGUAGUCUUUUACCACUACAUCCCUGGUCAUCAUACAUUAUGUGCCAAUACAUUGAUACUGUGUAAUGAAGGAUUGCUCUCCCUAGCCAAGGGUACACUGAGAGAAGACACUCUGAGGGUGUUCCUCCAGCAGAUAGCAGCAGCCAUGAGGAUCCUCAACAGUAAAGGCAUCAUCCACCGAGACCUGAAACCACAGAACAUCCUACUGUCAUACACGAGCCGCAAGAGAUCCAGCAUCAACGGCAUUCGCAUCAAAAUAGGUGACUGACCAACCCAGCCCCUCAAACACAACACACACACAAACCUUCAAAAAGAGAACUCUCCCUUUCAUUCUGUAUAUAGUGUUCUUUCUGUAUAUACACAACUUCAUAAUGUUUAGAUGAUAUAAAUAGUGUUUAUACUGUAUAUCUAGAGAUGGCCUAUCUAUGAACUGUUAGCCAUCAUAUGAUUUGUCUUAAUGUGUCACACAAGUGUCAUAUAUCAAAUGUUAUGUAUCACGAUGCACCACAAUGAUCGCUAGCUCAGGUCAUGGUUAGUUGUUUUGAACCCCACAGCUAUAUUUUGUUUGCUACAGCGCUAUAUCCAUAAGGUGUGGUGACUCUCAUGUUGUGUGUUGAGUGCCCAAUUGUCUAGUGCCUGAGAGGCUUGGGAAUAGGAGUUGUGACACUCCGACACUAGUCGUUAUUAAUAAGACAGACAGACAGACAGACAGACAGACAGACAGACUGACUUGACAGCCUUCUCUAUUUCAGCUGACUUUGGCUUUGCACGAUACCUCCAGAGCAACAUGAUGGCUGCCACGCUCUGUGGCUCCCCCAUGUACAUGGUGAGUGGGUGCGGGUGGGUGUGCAAGCGUGUGUGUUAGUGUUUGUUGUGUGUGUAAGGGUGUCGUGUCUGCAGUCUCUUGUUCUCCUGUGACAACGGCUCCGCUUACUCAGCAACCUGCAACUGGAACGGUCUUUUCAGCGCUUGACCUCUAACCACUGUCCUUUAACCAGGCCCCGGAAGUGAUCAUGUCACAGAACUAUGACGCCAAGGCAGACCUGUGGAGCAUUGGGACGGUCGUCUACCAGUGUCUCGUAGGGAAGCCGCCUUUCCAGGUAGGAUGGAGGGGGAGAGUUGAUAUGGGGCAACUUUUUUCCUCACACAAAGCAGAAUUAAACUCUUUCUCUGCAAGACAAAAAUGUCACCCAUGGUGUGUGUUUAUAGAUAUGGUAUACAAACCCCCUGUCACUCUGUGCUCUCGAUCUCUCAUUAUCUCUCUCUCUAUUCUCUCUCUUCUCUCUCACUCUCUAGGCCAACAGUCCCCAGGACCUGAGGAUGUUCUAUGAGAAGAACAAGUCACUGCUGCCCAUGUAGGUGAUAGGAUUUAGGAAUGAUUAACUAUCUGAUCGAGGCCUUUUGGGCUGAAAAGUCGUGUUUUUAACUAGAACGUAUGUCUGUGCCUCUAUUACCCAGCAUCCCGAGGGAGACGUCUCCUCCCCUUGGCAACCUGUUGCUAGGCCUGCUGCAGAGGAACCAGAAGGACAGGAUGGACUUCGGUCAGUUCUGACGUCACUUCCCUUCUAGAAAGGAAAUUAUUUAAAACAUGUUUGUUAUCCAUAAAUUGGAUAUUACCUCUCUAACAUUCACACUUCUGUCUUGUUUCUCCUGCAGAUGCAUUUUUCAGCCAUCCUUUCUUAGAUCCAGCGUCUGCCGUCAAAAAAUGUGAGUAGAUAGAUGAGAACUUCCUUCAUCAAUAACAGGGAAAUACAUGUUGUAGUAUCAGAACUGUAUUGUGAGAUGGCGUUGAUGUUGAGAGCACUUAGGUCUUGUGUGAAAACGUGUAUUUGUAUGUUUUUCUCCAGCAUGUCCUGUUCCAGUACCCAAGUGCCCUAGCGCUCUGACCGACAUCACCUGUGGCAGCUUGCCCUCUGUUCGCUACAACUCUCCUCCCGUAAGUUCAUCCUGACUGCCUAUACACCUCAUAGUUGCAUUCCACAGCAAGUGUGUUUAUCUGUACCUCAAGGCAUAGCACCACACCACAACACUCAGCACUGAAGAAUCCAGACUUUGUACAGUAGCUCAGUGGGAAAACGGACAAACUGAGUUUCCCAGGGAUGUACUUUAUCUCUCUGUCCACUGUGAUUGCAUUAUUCAGACAGUCUACAUAGCCCAGUCUGGCUGUAAUUGAAUUGUACAGCCCAAGCCCUCUCGCUUUCCUUCUCUUGCCCCACCCUCCUAACACACACACACACACCACCUAACCCUUCCCUUCUCCAGUCUCUCCCAGACAUGCAGACAUUACCUGAGGACUGUCUGUCGUCACCCCCCCUGGGCCCUCCCAACUACCUGCAGCUGUCUAAGGAGUCUGGAGGAAGCACCAGCAGCAAGAACUCCUCCAGCGACACGGACGACUUUGUCCUGGUGCCACACCUCUCCACAGAGUCUUGUGAGUCUGCAGGAACACACACACACACACACACACACACACUAACACUGGACACUUGCUACUCCUUAUUACACUAAUUAGGCCUACUGGUAGCACUACAUAUACAAUGAGCAUCUACUUACACUAAGCACCUUGUCAUUGCUUGUCCAUAUAUGUAUAUUUUCUUAAAUUCCACUCCUUACUAGUUUUGUGUGUAUUAGGGAUAUGUUGCGAAAUUGUUAGAUAUUACUUGUUAGAUAUUACUGCACUGUCGGAGCUAGAAGCACAAGCAUUUCGCUACACCCACUAUAACAUCUGCUAAACACGUGUAUGUGACAAAUAACAUUUGAUUUGAUUUGCUAUAAAACACACACACUGAGCACCUACUCACACUUUACACAGACAGUUGACCAAAUAGACACAUUUUGAGUGGCAGUAUGGGUAGUCAGUUAAUUCACUAAUGUGCCAUAGUUUCUACUCUUGUCUGUUUGGCUCACUUCCCUCUCCCUCCUCUUCCUCUUCCUCAGAUGACCAGCCAAUGGGAGCAGUGGGGCGUCGGGCGUCCGGAGAGUGGUGUGGAGGGUGAGCUCUUAACAUGUGUUUGUGUGUGCGUAUGUAUUUAUGGAUGAGAAAUAAGUAUUUAAAGCUAUCCAACUCUUUAUUUUCUGAGAUUGGCCGGCCACCAUUUCAGAAAGGAACAUAAACCCUGUCCCUACACCUCCUCUAGUUACUAGAGAAUACCAGAACACAAAAUAACUCCCAGGAACAGAAUAUCUAGAUGACCUGACCUGGUUUCUCUGUUGGCUCCCCUGUGUUUGACUGUGUUGCUCCAUGCUCCAUGGAAAUCUAUCAUUCUUUCACUGUUGACUUGUUGCGUCAUGGAAAUGUAACCUAAACUCAGAGAGGAUUAAUAAACAGUCUGUCUGACCUGUGUCCCUAAACCGGGAUAUUUCAGAACAUUUCCCACGGUCCGACUAUUUUUAAUGUAUUUGAUCAAUUUGAUUUAUAGCACAUUGAACAGAUCUAAUAAUGAUUGUCACAAAACGUAACACAAUAAAUAUGUGUGGUGAAAGGAUUAAGGUUAAAAACAGACUGAAUAGCUGAUGGAAAUAUGAGCCAGUCUGAUGUGCAUGCUGCUAUUUCAGCCUCAGAUAUCGUGUGUGUCUGUGUGUGAGUGUGCGUGCGUGCGUCAGCUGUGAAUGAGCUCUGCAUGAGUAAGUGCAUUCUGUCUACUGCUGUCAGCUCAGUGUGUCUGUCCGUGUGUCUGUCCAUGUGUGUCUGUCAGUGUGCACAGCAGCUGUGUUUAUUUUAUACUCUUUAGUCAUAAAUGACAUGCUGUUUGUGUCUGAAAGCAAUAUCACUCUUCCAUUUCUAUGAAGCUAAAUAAGGCAUUUUGUUCAUGUCAAAAUCAAUUUGAUUCGUUUUUAUAUUGUGUAGACGUCGCAGAUAAACGGCUACUGUCCGUUAUAUCCUGAGCCACCCAGACUAGACAGGCCUGUGGUAUGAGAAUAGAUCUCUUUCACACACACACACAGGAAAUCGCUGUAGGCAAACGUGACUGUUGUUGUCACGGCAUCUUAAAUGACUGUCACACAUACAUACAUACAUACACACACACACACACAGAGAGAGCAGAGACACAAACACCACUUCCUCAUCUCUUGUGACCCCCACACUCUCUCUCUCUCUCUGUUUGUAAAUAACCUGCAGCAAGACAAUGCUCUCCACCCUCAUCUAUAACUCGCUUUUUCUUUUCACUCCCCCUGUUCCUCUCCCUGUUUCUGUCUUUGUAAACAGCCUCCAGUAAUGCUGUUUUCUAUCACUCCGUUUCCAUUCUCUCUCACUGUCUUGUAUUCACCCUCAUUUUGUCUAUUCCAUAGUUUGUUUCCCCUGUGGAGAGUGCACACAGAGAGAGUGGGAGUGCACACAGAGAAGGAGAGGGAAAAGACAGUGCUGUGUUUCCAUUCCCCUCUGGGUAGAUGCAGUAAAGACAAACGGGUCAACAGUAAAGCAACACUGGGUUGCAGAUUCCCUCUCUCUUCUCAAAGAAGACACUCACGACUGACCUACAAACUGCCUUUUGUUAGGGGGAGCACCCUGUGUAGCUCCAAUGUCCCCAUUAGCUUCUGUUGUUAGAACACAUCAGCUUUUAACGACCUGCUCUGGGGAGAAAUGAAUGUGUUAAACUGAAUGACUGCAUGAGGUAAUACAGUGCACUGAGGUUAGAGAAUAAACCACGGGAAUAGUUGGUUUGUUUUCCCUUUUUAAAUGCCACUUUGAUGAACCUUUAUGGCCCUUUUACUUUUGGUUCAAAUGAAAUCCAAUUUGAUUUGUCACAUGCGCCGAAUACAACAGGUGUAGACCUUACAGUGAAAUGCUUACUUACAAGCGCUUAACAAACAAUGGAGUUUUAAGAAAAUAAUAUAAAAUAUUUACUAAAUAAACUAAAGUUAAUAAAAGUAACACAAUAGAAUAACAAUAACGAGGCUAUAUACAGGGGGUACCGGUACUGAGUCAAUGGGCGGCGGUACAGGUUAGUCAAGGUAAUUGAGGUAAAAUGUAUAUGUAGGUAUGGGUAAAGUGACUAUGCAUUGAUAAUAAACAGCGAGAAGCAGCAGUGUAAAAACUUAAAAAACUAAGGGGGGGGGGUCAAUGCAAAUAGUCCAGGUAGCCAUUUGAUUAAUUGUUCAGCAGUCUUAGGGCUUGGGGAUAGAAGCUGUUAAGGAGCCUUUUGGACCUAGAUUUGGCGCUCCGGUACCGCUUGCCGUGCGGUAGCAGAGAGAACAGUCUAUGACUUGGGUGGCUGGAGUGGAACCUUUUGAGGAUCUAGGUACCUAUGCCAAAUAUUUUCCUUCUCCUGAGGGGGAAUAGGCGUUGUCGUGCCCUCUUUACGACUGUCUUGGUGUGUUUGAACCAUGAUAGUUUGUUGGUGAUGUGGACACCAAAAAACUUGAAGCUCUCGACCCGGUCCACUACAGCCCCGUCGAUGUGAAUGGGGGAGUGGUCGGCCCUCCGUUUCCUGCAGUCCACGAUCAGCUCCUUUGUCUUGCUCACGUUGAGGGAGAGGUUGUUGUCCUGGCACCACACUGCCAUGUCUCUGACCUCCUCCCAAAGGCUGUCUCAUCGUUGGAACUAGAAGGGCAAUUGUGUCUAAUGGAAAGCUAUGUCAAUGUGUGUCUUGUGUUAAAAUGUGUUUCUUUGCUUCUCAGAGUGGAAAGCAAACAAAGAAAGCCCUCUUUGUCUGUGUUUCUGCUGUACAGAACAGACGGAUGGUCGCGUGCCUCACGUGUAUCCCUCAGUCUAUUCCCUUUUCUCUGGUCUAGACCCUCCCUCGCUAAUCAUCUUAUUACAUAACGCUGCUACUGCUGAAUCUGCCCUGUUCUAUAACAUUUAUAUUCCUCCUCCCCUUCUGUUCUCUUUCCCUUUUUCAUUCUAAACCCAAGUGAACCCCCUAUGGUUGACCCGUGUAUGACUUUUGCUCUGGGAACAUUUUGUACCAUUCGAAUAACAAAGGAAUGCAAAUUAGCCUGGCUUUUUUUCCUCCUGUUCCUCUGUGUCUGAUAGAAAGGAGGAGGGCUCAGCACAUGCUAUUGGCCUAGCCCACAAACCACAGUUUCUUCAGGUCCGCCCAUAACUCCUCCUCUUGGCACAGACUACUCCCCACUGAUUGGGCAGACACAUGUGUGUUUACACAACGGCCCUGCCCCCUCUGGGUUGGGCCAGCCCCUUCCAGCAGGACUGAAGUUUAGUGACUCACCCAGCCUCAGUUGAAAAUGCUGUAUUUGUAAAAGUAAACAAAGAACUCAGAGACAUAGCCUAGCUAUAAACUUCUAGUCAGCCUAGUAUUUCAUUUAGUCCAACUGUUGCGCUCCCCGCGUUCUAUUUAUACAAAUGUCGUCUCGGAAGGACUGAAGUAAUUUUUAACAUUGAGUUCUAUGGGUGUUGAUAUUUCUGAACAGUUGGUGCAGUUUUGGCAGAACUAGCAGACAGACUGGCUAACGGGCCUGCUCUUCCCACUUCACCCCUCCAGGCAGCCGCAGACCACCGGACAGACCCCCAUGGUGUCCCCCCGGGCAGAGACCACCCCUAUCCCUGUGCCCACCCAGGUGCGGAACUACCAGCGCAUCAAGCAGAACCUCUACAACAGCCCCACCACCACACUUUACGGCUCCACCAGGUAAGAGACACUGUCUGGGGAAAAGGGUUUGGGGAAAAGACUUAGUGCAUCGGUACCGUUUGCCGUGCGGUAGCAGAGAGAGCAGUCAAUGGCUUGGGUGGCUGGAGUCUUUGUCAAUUUUUUGGGCCUUCCUCUGACACUGCCUGGUAUAAUAAGUCCUGGAUGGCAGGGAGCUCGGCCCCAGUGAUGUACUGGGCCAUACGCACUACCCUCUGUAGCGCAUUGCAGUCGAAUACCUAGCUCCUGUAAGUCGCUCUGGAUAAGAGCGUCUGCUAAAUGACCAAAAAUAUAUAUAAAAAAAUAGUAGUUGCCAUACCAAGCGGUGAUGCAGCCAGUCAAUAUGCUCUCAAUGGUGCAGCUGUAUAACUUUUUGAGGUGCCCCUGUCCUGGGUGGUUCUCGAAGUACAACUGUCAUGGUUAAGAAGUUUUUUGUUUUGUGGGCAGUGGCGGCUCCUGAAAAAAUUCUCAGGGGGGGCAUUUUUUCUGAUGAUUUAGGUGACCUACACACAUUUAAAAAAAGAUAUGUCCAGCAACAACAUGAAGACAGGGGCAGCAUAUAAGUCAAUACUGAUAUACACAUUACUUGCUUCAAAAAGGCCUCAUGGUUGAAUUGGAAAUAUGUGCACCUGAGCAUAAUUCACAACAAGCAAGCAGGAGCUUUUGAUAGAGGCUACUGAAAACAUUGAUGCAAGUUAUUGGUAAUAAGAAAUUUUUAUAGACUUCCAUAUUCUGCCCUCUUGUAUAGAUUUGUGAAAAUGAACAGUGAUAGACAUUUUGCCUGAAAACAGAAUUUGAAAAUAAUUUCUAGAAAAGGUAAACACAGCUAUCUGUAUGGCUUUGUAAAAAUGAACAACCAUAUUCUGGCCAAUUGUAUAGAUUUGUAAAUAUGAACAACCAUAUUCUGGCCAAUUGUAUAGAUUUGUAAAAAUGAACAUGAACAGAUUUUUAUUAUUUUUUUACUUUUUUUAAAAUGAAAAAUAACUAUUUUAAACAACAUCAACUGUGAACUGAUUUGGGCGUGUGUGUGUUAAAGAGACAGACAGGGAGGGACAAAGAGAGAGAGAGGCUACAUUACUUGUACUGAAACUGUUCUAGCUUGCUGCAUGAUCAAAUUCAGCUGAUGCGCAUAGCAAUGCACGUAAUGGGCAUUCUUGAAAUGCUUACGCACCUUUUGCUGCACACCAGCCUUCUCUCCCCUCACACUGGCUCCAUCGUAAGCUUGCGCAAUGAGUUUGACUUUCUCGUCGUCGGCAAAAAGACCGUUCAGUCUCUCCAAAAGCACACUGGCGAUUGAGACUGAGGUUGAUUCCGAGAUGGGAAGGAACUCAAAAAAGCGCUCCUGCACUUUGUGGUUGCUAUCUAUGUACCUCAGCACAAGCACCAGCUGUGUCUGUGUAGAAACGUCCGUGGUCUCGUCAGCUUGGAUAGCUACGAAGUUCGCCGACUUCACCUCCUCCACAAUAUGUUCCCUCAUGACCGCUAGCAUACACUCCAGUAGCUCGUUUUGAAUGGUCUUUGAUGUGCCCUUGAAAACUUUAGCAUUUUUAAGAUGGUCAUCAAACACCUCAUCUAAUUGUGCCACAAAGUUGACAAGUCCAAGAAAAAUACCAGGGUUGGUGGAGCCCUCAGUUUCAUCUUUGCCUCGCAAAGCUAGCCAUCUUGACAGUUGUACGUGAAUUGAUUGACGCUGCUACCCGCUCUUUUCUUAGUUAUGUUCAUGGUUACUUAUGUUACGUGGGUACAUACAGUCCUCACACCUGGCUGAUCAGAGACUAGUCUUUCAUGUUGUUGGAUCUCUGACUAAGCUUUGGGUGGGAACAGGAAAAUUAACCUACAACUGUCAGUUAUAGCAUCAGGUAAAGUUUCACUAAGUUUCAUCAGUUCAGUCAGUGGAUAUUGCUUGUGUUAUAUUGUGGUGUGGUAGGGGGAAGUUUUUCAAUACAUAUAGAAAGGGAGGGAAAUAGGAAGCGGUUUCGAAUAUCCUUUAGAGGCAAAUUAGUUGUAUUGUUGUUCUUCUAUUGACUGUUGUGAGAUGAGAUAAGAACAUUGCCACAGGGAUUAGUAAAAUGUUCCUGUGGUGCUUUUCCAAUGAGAUUUACCCCCACACCAGUGGGCCGCCAGGGUUUUAUGUUAAUGUUAGCUCUAGUGUUAUUGUGGCCUUGCCUUGGCUACAAGUUAGAGCAGGUCCACCGGAGCCCAGUGAGACAUGGGUGCCGGCCCGCAUUGAUGGAAACAGAAAAGUCUGAGCUUUUUGGGUAAAACACUGGGCUAAAUCCACAAUGGGAAUGCGGUACUGGAGUAGCUCCACAGUGAACCCUCUACCUACCCUCACCACAGGGCCCCAAAGCCUGGACAGCGGGUACUAGUAGCCAGCCUCCCCCAACUGCUGCCCCAUUUCCAUUGGCCAUGGGUCUUACUCUGUGUCCUUCAAGAAGGAUUAAGCUCUCUGUCAUAGACAGACUACCCUGUCACUUGAUGUGUCUGGGCUAGUUAACGAGUUAGCGUUUAGCGCUGGUUCUUUAUGAUCAAGAAGAGAUGAAUGCAGAGAGCUAGCACAGCAGGCUAGCAGACAGACAGUGUGCAGACAUCUCAGGGGAGGACUGGCUUCCAUAUGUGCCCGCCUGCUGCCUACUCUUUCUCUGUCAGACAUAUCUUUUUUGAAACUCCAGAAAGCUCAAGAGAGGAAGUGAGGCAGAAAGAGAGAGAGUGGAAGAGUACUCGCUAUCAGCACAACAGUUGCUCAACCAAUGUUCCAACAUGCUUGUUUUUAGCGAGAGUAGGCUAACAGCCGUGUUUGAAGUGCUUGCAGCGUGACAGGGUUGUUUUGGCAGCAAACUGACGGUCGCUGAAUAACUCAGGAAGUUGAAAUUAGAGCCAAGCGAAUAAAGGCAACCGUUAGACACUGAGCUGAGGGAUUGGAAUCUAGCUAAGCUCAUUGCCAAAAGUUUUAUUAAACAUAAGUUAAUGUUUUCAGAUGUUUUAGAAAGGUUAUUCAAGUGUUAUGUGAUGAUAAACAUGAAGAAUAGUGGUUGGAAACUAGAGCAUCGCUGUAAGCUGCAAUAAAAAGGGGGUUCAUGAACCGUAGGUAGUGUUGGUUCUGGUGGACUAACAAUGAAUGUGUGUAACAUUUUUGUUAUGUAUGUACUGUAUAUUUGUGAUAUCUAAACCUCCAUUGUGUGUGCUUGUCUAUGCAGGUCUGGUACAGUGAGGCGGUCCAACACCAGUCCCAUGGGUUUCCCUAAGGUUGGCUCUGGGUCCCCCAGCUCUGCAGACUGCAGCCCUCAGAUGACAGGCAGACGUCUCUCUAUAGGCAGCUCCCGCCCAUACUCCCCCUCACCUCUGGGUAAGAACAUGCCCCAACAUGUCCCCAUCUCAUAUCAUUCAACACGCCUGGCAUCAUAAUCCUUUUACAUUGAAACCUUCUGUUGACAUCUAAUGCAAAACUGCAUUAAUAUGUCUGUGUGUGUUUCUCUUUAAGUGGGCACCAUCCCAGAGCAGCUGGGUCACUGUUGCUGUGGACACCCUCAGGGCCACGAGUCCCGCAGCCGCAGCUCCUCAGGAGGUGAGUUCAGUAGACAGACAGACAUACAGACAGAUAGAAAAAGGCUGGGUUUCCCAAAAGUAUUGUAGCACUAAGAUCAUCUUAAUUCCAUUGAAACUAAAUGGACAAAAUAUGAUCUUAGUGCUACAAUGCUCUUGGGAAACCCAGCCCAGGAUUACUUUUAAAGAGAGACAGACAAAGGCAUCUACAGAAGUGUUUACAUUUUCUUCCCUCUCUCCCCUCCUCCCCUGAGGCGGAUGUAUAUGAUUGACAAAAGCAAUGAGUCAGGGUUUUUUUUUAAAUAACAGCUGUUCCAAUAACACUCUGGGAGGGAGGUUGUGUGUAUGGGAGUUGAAGCCUUUCACUCACCCGUCCAUGCAGUUUUCAGAAGUGUGUCACUGUUUGUGUCAAGGGGCCAGUAUCCAUGGCAACCACCGUGUGAUGGGAAGGACUUGGCUUGAGCAAAACAAUGCAGAUACAGUUAGUACUUUGUCUCCUUCGGGAAAACCUGGAGAUUAACAACACACACUUGAUGACCUACUAAAGAAAAAAACAGAAGUUUUUGAACUUCUCAGCAGCAACACUGUGAAUGAACAAGAGGCUCAUAAAAACAUGAACCUAGUGGCCCUUCACUGCUGCUAUUUUUGACUUGGUUUAAAGUGGAAAAAUACAAAUUUCAAGACUGUUGAGCCAUCUAGUGGUGAAUUGUACAUCUUCUCUAGAUUAGUUGCAGCCAACUCCACUUACACUAUACUAACACUAAUGUAACUAAUGAUCGCCACUAAAACAAUUAUUCAUGUGAAACUUAAACUUUUACAUUAAGUGAUAAAUAAAUUACUUGUAUGAAUAACUCUGUGCGUCUCCUUUAGGUUAUCCAGUGCCGUCGUCCCAGUUACUGGGGGCUCGCCUGCAGAGUGCCCCCACCCUGACCGAGGUCUACCAGACCAGACAGAAGCUCCACAAGCAGCUGUCAGACCCCAUCCAGCCCUCCACCUCCAACUACCCCCUCAGCCACUCCCCCCACAUGGGUCGCCCUGGCAACCUGGGCACCUCCCCCACCAAACACCUGGGCUCCUCCCCCCGCUCCUCUGAUUGGCUGACAAAGUCGCCGCUGCCCACUAUCAUUGGCUCCCCCACCAAGGUUGGUUGAGUUGAUAACCAUUUUGGCAUAUUUUAAUCAUAAGACCAAUUCUGUUUUGCUACGGUCCUACUUACCACAACCUUGGAGUGAGUAUUCCCAGUAACUGUUGACCUCUACCUAUGUUCCCUGUUCAGCCCAUCUCGGCCCCAUUCAAGAUCCCUAAGACGCAGGCGUCCUGUAACCUGAUGGCCCUGGCAGACAGUCCCACACCCAUUAAGACCCUGGCGGACGCACGGGACAUCUGUGCCCACCACGGCAACCCCUACCCCAGUGGGCGCCAGCCUGCCCCUGAGGCCAGCAGGACCACCUUUGGCAGGUAAAGUGAGCACUAUUGUUUUUCUCUCUCUGUGUGGGUAAUAAACACUACAUGACCAAAAGUAUGUGGACACCUGCUCGUUGAACAUCUCAUUCCAAAAUUAUGGGCAUUAAUAUGGAGUUGGUGUCCCCUUUGCUGCUAUAACAGCCUCCACUCUUUACACUAGAUGUUGGAACAUUGCUGCGGGGACUCACUAAUACAAGAGUAUUAGUGAGGUCUGACACUGAUGUUGGGCGAUUAGACCUGACUAGCAGUCGUUCCAAUUCAUCCCAAAGGUGUUGGAUGGGGUUGAGGUCAGGGCUCUGUGCAGGCCAGUCAAGUUCUUCCACACCGAUCUUGACAAACCAUUUCUGUAUGGACCUCGCUUUGUGCACGAGGGCAUUGUCAUGCUGAAACAGGAAAGGGCCUUCCCCAAACUGUUGCCACAAAGUUGGAAGCACAGAAUCGUCUAGAAUGUCAUUAUAUGCUGUAGCGUUAAGAUUUCCCUUCACUGGAACUAAGGGGCCUAGCCCUAACCAUGAAAAACAGCCCCAGACCAAUUUUCCUCCUCCACCAAAUUUUACAGUUGGCACUAUGCAUUCGGGCAGCUAGCGUUCUCCUGGCAUUUGCCAAACCCAGAUUUGUCCGUCCGACUGCCAGAUGGUGAAGCGUGAUUUAUCACUCCAGAGAACGCGUUUCCACGGCUCCUGAGUCCAAUGGCGGCGAGCUUUACACCACUCCAGCCGACUCUUGGCAUUGCGCAUGGUGAUCUUAGACUUGUAUGUGGCUGCUCGGCCAUGGAAACCCAUUUCAUGAAUCUCCCGACAAACAGUUAUUGUACUGACGUUGCUUCUAGAGGCAACCGAGGACAGACGAUUUUUACACGCUUCAGCACUCGGCAGUUCCGUUCUGUGAGCUUGUGUGGCCUACCACUUCGCAGCUGAGCCUUGUUGCUCCUAGACGUUUCCACUUCACAAUAACAGCACUUACAGUUGACCGGGGCAGCUCUAGCAGGGCAGAAAUUUGAUGAACUGACAAGUUUGAAAAUUCACUGAGCUCUUCAGUAAGGCCAUUCUACUGCUAAUGUCUGUUUAUGGAGAUUGCAUGGCAGUGUGCUCGAUUUUAUACACCUGUCAGCAAUGGGUGUGGCUGAAAUAGCCGAAUCCACUAAUUUGAAGCAGUGUCCACAUACUUUUGGUUAUAUAGUGUAUCUCUUGCUCAUCUCAAUGUGUUCUCCAUGUGUUUCUCUCCCCAGGUCUGUCAGUACUGGCCGUCUGUCUGAACAGCCAAUCAGAAUCACUCUAGGGGGACAGCCCUACCAGGGAAGCACAGACAGCCUCAACACAGAGCGGCCCAUGGAUACAGGUAAAUAAACACACACACACUGUCCUAGUUUGUCCUCCCAUGUAUAAUUAAUGGAACAGAUGUUUUUACCAUUAAUUAGAAAAGAGCUGGAGACAGAAAAUGUGUUGUGAUAUUAGUGAGCGUAGUAAGAAAUAACCUAGCUAGUAAACUGACCUGGACAACAAUGGUUUAGUAGAUUAUACUUAUCGUUGUCCCAAAGAACAACACAAAUACAAACACACACCAGUCUAUCUGCUUCAUGGCUUCUCGCCCUGCAUGAACUGCUUGGAUUGGCUGCUCUGACAGGCACUUCCUGUGUAACAGAGAGCUUGAUUGGCUUAGUGUGAAUGACCGCCCCCUCCCUCCCUCCCUCCCUCCCUAGCCCCGGCAGGACCGUUUGGGCUGGCUCAGCCUCAUGGCGGGGCGGCGAGUCCCCGGACCGUUCUCUUCACCGUGGGCUCGCCCCCCAACAGCAGCACCCCCCCUACGUGCAGCCACCUGGGCACCCGGCCGCGCACCACCUCAGGUGAGACCGCUCACUGCGCCAGCGGCUAACUGCUAGGCUAACCACUUGCUAAACCCCACUUCCCAAAGCUACACCCUCCUAGCUAACCUGCUAAUGCUAAUUAUUACGACUCCACUCAAUGUUGCCUACCUGGAGUGAAGCGCUCACUCAGUGGAAGUGGUUCCAAUGCCAAUCCCCUGAGGUGCAUAACUGCUAUUUAGUGGGCAAUCUCUCUCCCUCUCCUUGGGCUGUCCAUCUUAGUGGGUACUAUCGAUAAUAGCCUCUGUCUCAGUAGACUGAACUUUGUUCUGGAAAAUUCUCAAAAAAUCUGUUAUCUUAAAUUCUCUAGAAUUCAAAUUCAACCAAUGAAAAUAGCAAUCAAAUGAUGUGAAAGUGAUAGGUCUACAUAGUGACACACAUUAACAAUAAAGUUAUAUCCCUCUCGCUCUCUCUCUCUCUCUCUCUCUCUCUCAGUGGGCUCCAACAGUUCGGCAGGCUCCCUGUGCUCCACCAGUGGGCGGGUGUACGUGGGCUCUCCUCCGGGCAUGGCAAUCGGGACCCCUCCCCCAGGGGGGGCAGAGGCAGGUCCCAGCAGCCUACGCUAUGUCCCCUAUGGUACCUCUCCCCCCAGCCUGGACGGAUUCAUCACCUUCGAGGCCCCAGAGCUGCCUGAGGAGACACUCAUGGAGGUGAGAGAGGGGACCCUUGUGUGUGUGUGGGGCAUUUCUAUUUGCACACGUCUUUAUGUGAUAUCUGACCUGUAUCAUUUGUUUGUGACUACAGCGGGAGCAUACAGACACUCUGAUGCACCUGCGGAUGAUGCUGUCCUUCACUGACUGUGUCCUGGAGAUCGCAGCAGUGCGAGCAGGAGGGGCAGACCUGGGUGUAUCGGCUGCCUCCCUCUACCCCCCUCAGGAGAGUGUGGUAGUGGACCAGAUCAGCCAGCUCAGCAAGGAGUGGGGGUAAGGGAGAGACCAAAAAUGGGGGAGAUGGCAUUCACAGUUUAACUGAAAGUAUUUUGGUUUUAGUUCGGACCCAAACCUGUAGCAUUUCAUCAUAGUGAUGCACAAAAAACGUUGUUUCAUCACAAUUUAAACUUAGUUUGUCUCAAAUAUUAUUGCUGUGAAAGAAAAUGAUGUUUUUUAGAAAGAAAAGCCAUGGAGAGAAGUAAGAUGUAUAGGUUAGUAAUGUGUGCUGUGGUGCCCUCUACAGGCAGGUAGAGCAGCUGGUGCUGUACAUGAAGGCUGCCCAGCUCUUGGCCUCCUCGCUCCACCUGGCCAAGGCCCAGAUCAAAUCUGCCAAGCUCAACCCUUCCAGCGCCGUCAAGCAGGGUAAGACAAAAGUCCCCAGACCGGUACAGUGGCAAAACACUAUAGUAUUUAUGGAGAAAAAAAAAAGGAAAAAAAACAGCAUACUAACUUAAUACACUUUAAAUAUCAAUAGUAUCCAUAUACAUGUAUAAUACUUAGAUAUCAUUAUUUUAGUUUAUUUUGAGCAUAACUAACUUUUUCUCCCUCCCCUUCCUCAGUGGUGAAGAGUCUGAACGAGCGUUACAAGAGCUGCAUCUCCCUGUGUCGGCGGCUCACAGACAAGCUGAACCACUUCUUCUCAGACAAGCAGCGCUUCGUAGACGAGAUCAACAGCGUGACUGCAGAGAAACUAAUCUACAACCACGCUGUGGAAACGGUGCAGUCUGCAGCUCUGGAUGAGAUGUUUCAGCAGACGGAGGACAUAGCCUACCGCUACAACAAGGCUGCCAUGCUGCUAGAUGGCCUGUCCAAGAUCCUGCAGGACCCUGCAGACAUCGAAAAUGUGGCCAAGUGUAAGUAUCCACCCGCCAUCCUCAACUGUAGAUUGUCUGUUUCUGCUACGCCAUUGUUAUGUAAUGUAUGGCCAAAGCACAAAUUCAUCUGACAACCAGGCUCCCCUAACAGGCUCUGUCAGAGACCAGACCAGCUCAUCACAUUGUAGUGUAUCAGAGACUCUGGUGUAGUGGACAUGGAUAUUAAUAUGGAAAGUAAAGUGUGUUAACUAGAGUCUCUUGAGAACAAUCUCUUUGACCUCUUAUCAUUAAUGGUAAAGACCGGCACUCACAGGCUUACUUCAACCACUUAGUCUAGCUCUGAGCUGCAUUCAGAUAAGGCUUCAAUCAGAUGAGGUUUAGAGUGCACUAUGGUGCUCUGAAAGAGUGUGGCAUGGCAGCCAGGGCAUUGUGACAUAGAACAGCAGCUCCAGUCACUGUGAUCUGACUGUGUUUGUGUCUCCUCAACAGACAAGGCCAGUGUGGACCGGAGGAUCUCUGCCCUCUGCUACUGCACCGUCACACUGUACGAGUAG